ACUCAGCAAGAGUAACUUGGUAUGACAGGAGCUUAUAUACAAGACCAUGCGGAAGCUGAGCUGGCUUCCAGUGAAAGAACAGCACCAAGGUAGUAGCUGUGUGUGAAAGGGCAGGUGUUCCUGUAGCACUGAGAUAGCAGUGAAAAGUAAAAGACACCUGAAGAAUUUUAUACCUGUUGGCACAGGUGGGUUGAAAGGCUACAGGCAGUGAAUGUCUCUCUCUCUCUGUGUGUGUAGAAGCAAUUAGCUAGACAAAGGCAGAGAGAGGAACGAAAGUGCCUGCUGGAGAGUUUUACAAAACAUUCAUUCUUGGAGAGUGCUGGUAGCACUGAAGCAUGUUUAGGAAGCCUCCCGGACCGGUAGUCUGUAAUGGCAGCUACCUGCAGGAGCAAUCUAACGGCAAGUUGCCCUCCAAGUGCAAGACCAAGGCAGCCGAGGGAGACAAAGUGGUUUUGAAGAAGAAAGUAACUUUACUGAGAGGGAUUUCUAUUAUAAUUGGCACUAUCAUUGGAGCAGGAAUCUUCAUCUCUCCCAAAGGAAUCCUCCAGAACACAGGCAGCGUGGGAAUGUCCUUGAUUGUCUGGACUUUCUGUGGCAUCCUUUCACUCUUUGGUAAGUUUGUGAAAGUUUAUAAUUGAUCCUUGGGGGGCGGCAGGUGGAUUUAAAAAAUCACAAAAGAGACAAAAGUUUGAUACUGGAGAUCAAAAGCCUGAUUUGAGACCCAGAACUAACACUGCUUCGGUAUUUUGGGGGUUAUUUUGCCGCUUGGCAACCACUGUAAGUUGCAAAGAUUGCCAUGCGAAACUCGGUACAGCAGGACUUUAAGACCAAAAUUGUAUUUCUUACGACUCCCUGAAGGAAUUGCAGAGAGAAGUCUCCUUUAUCACAUCAUAAAGUUUGCUGUUUGUGUUGGUUUUCAGUUUAAGCUUCGAAGAACAGGUAGCAGCACACUCACAGAGGGGCUGGCAGCUGGGGGAGGUGAACCGCUUGGUUGGAAGAACACCUGCGAAAUGUACACCUAGAUUGACCUAGUUCCCCAUUGGUUAGAUUCUACUUUUGCAUGAACUAAACUUCUUUUGAACUCUCUGGUGGCAGGAAGAAGGGAAUAAAACAGGAGCACUCUAACUCAGUGAUUCCUAAUUAGCUAAGUACUGUGGACUACCUGUUUUUCAAAAGCCAAGCCAUGGACCCCCUACUUUUGAAAAUUUUGAUCUCUAUGGUGUUUUUUUGUUCUGUGAAAAUGCCAUGGACCUCCUUGGGUCAGUUGUGCAGACUACCAAUUGGGAACCACUGCUCUAGCUAAUUUGAUUUUUUUCUUUAAAAAAUAUUAAAUCAAAAUCUCAUUUGAAUGAUGACUUGGAACCCCUCACUUCUAACCCUUAAUCUUAAAGCCAGACAUUCUGCUAAUGUUUAGAAAAGCUAUUAUCUUGAUAAUGGCAUCUGUAGUUUGAGCACUUAUUUACCAGGGAUCUUGCUGGAGCUUACUUUGAAGUAGACAUAUAUAGGAUUGCAGAGUGAAAAUAGAUUCUGGAGCUCUCCGUUUAAGACUAAAUGGCCAAUGUAUAUACCAGGUUUUUAAAACUUUUUUUAAAAAAAUGAUAUUCCAAUUUUAAAAAAGACUUUAUAACAUUUAUCAUCUAUAUAGAUGAAGAAAUAGCCUGGUCAUAUCCAUAACCUCUAAAUCUAUCAAAGAAUGGGCCUCUUGAUUGCCUUAAUAAGUUAAUCUCAAAGAAGCUGAAGUCCCGCAUGACCUUAGGUAUUACUAUUAGCCUAGACGACUUAUUUUCUGGUAUUAGGAACAGUGGGCAAAUGAGAGGGGAGUAAAAAAAUCUCUGCUCAAGAAGUGGGAUAUGUGAAUGUUGCCCUGUGUCAACUUACUGUGCACUUGAAAGAUCAGAGACAAGGCUUUAUCCACCCUUGCAAAACAUUUUGAUCAGAAUCAGAACGUAUAGCUGUUGGGCCAACAAUAAUUUACAGGGCCAGCAUAAGGGUCAACCUCAAAAUAAUUUCAUUUUAAUUAGUACAGGAGAUGGAUUUUGUUUCUGUUUAUGCUACGUUCUAAUUGAGCAUCAGUGUCCAGGAGUGAUGUGAUUGGAACAGAAGAAAUAAAAUGCAUUCUUCUUGCAUUUGUAACGCAUAAAUUUACAUUUUUGUGCUAAAUUCUCUUAAAAGUAUUUGGCCAGUAAAGGUCCUCUUAGUGUUCUCUGCACAGCUUUUACAACAAUUUGAUAGACACUGCCUUCAUACUGUUUCAUCUUCCACUCUUCUUCCUCAUGGAUUAUGCAAUAAGAGAUCCAGUUACAGAAUUCUUAAAUAAAAAAAACAAAGCACAGGUAGCUGUGUAACCCUUAAAUGCAAUUCUUUGAAGUUAAUUUUAGAGGAGAACUUUCAGAUAGCACUGACUUUUUCCUCAGAAAAGGAGCUUAAAUUGAUUGGCAUAUGUUAAAUAAUUCCACUAUCUGUAUAUACAAAAUUGGUCUGCUAACUGUUAUAUAGAUUGAAGUGAAAAGAAGUAAAAUUUGAGAUGCAAGUGACUUUAUCAGGUCUAUUGAAAUGCUCUGGUGGCCCUUAGAUGUGAUGCUUUAAUAAAUACAUUUAAAUGUAAAAAGAGAGAGACUGAAAUGCUCAAAAGUAGCCAUCAGAAUAUUCAGUGAAAUUAUGAAAUAAUGUUAAUGCAACCCAUUGAUAAAAAUCUCCAGUAAAAGGAAAGAUGAUUCCCUGUGACAAUUUUACAACUGAUUUAUAUUGAUUAUGGAUUGCAUGGGUUAUGAAUGGAACUCUAUUCAAAAAAAUAAUAACACCCAAAUUAAUAUAAUACAGUGGUACCUCGGGUUACAUAUGCUUCAGGUUACAUAUGCUUCAGGUUAUAGACUCCGCUAAUCCAGAAAUAGUACCUUGGGUUAAGAACUUCGCUUCAGGAUGAGAACAGAAAUCCCGCGGUGGCAGUGGGAGGCCCCAUUAGCUAAAGUGGUGCUUCAGGGUAAGAACAGUUUCAGGUUAAGAACGGACCUCCGGAACAAAUUAAGUACCGUAUUUUUCGCUCUAUAAGAUGCACCAGACCACAAGACGCACCUAGUUUUUGGAGGAGGAAAACAAGAAAAAAAAUAUUCUGAAUCUCAGAAGCCAGAACAACAAGAGGGAUCGCUGCGCAGUGAAAGCAGCAAUCCCUCUUGCUGCUCUGGCUUCUGGGAUAGCUGCGCAGCCUGCAUUCACUCCAUAAGAUGCACACACAUUUCCCCUUACUUUUUAGGAGGGAAAAAAGUGAGUCUUAUAGAGCAAAAAAUACGGUACUUAACCCAAGGUACCCCUGUAUUGUUGACUGUAUUUUGUCUCCUAAUCACAAGUCUUCCCUUUUUCAAGACAAUUUUAAUAAUGACCAACUGUCUGCAGAGGCUCAGGGCACCCACAAUUAAUUGAAUGAAGUAACACAACCAACUGCAGGACUUCUAGUCCUGGUUGGAAAGGGAUGUUUGCACACUGAAAGUUGCUGGAUUGUGAUUCAAAAUAAACUGGGCAAUCCUAACCCCACUUAUCUGGAAGUAAGCCCUGUUGAAUUCAACAGGACUUACUUCAGUGUAGACUUGGUUAGGAUUGUGCUGUUUAGUCAUAUCCAGAAAAGGCCCAUUGAAAUAAAAAAAAAUCAUAGAAUUGGAAGGGGAUCCGUGGAUCAUCUAGUCCAACCAAUGGACUUAAGUCCAUGAAUCUCAGUGGAUCUACUCUGAUUGUGCCUUAGUUGGAUGCCACCCAUUGUCAGAAGAUAAGUCAAUAAAUAAGUUUUUUUUAAAAAAAUAAUCUCCUGAAGCAUUUGCAUGAAUAGGCCUUGUGUAGUUUUCAUGGGGCGUGGAGCAUGAAUGUAAGCAAAUGCUAUUGGGCUACAUGCAUGCUAAUAAAAUGUAUGAGGCUGACUAUUCAUUAUAGAUAAGCUUGGCUAUCUUUCAGAAAUGAUGCCUUAAUAUUAAUUAUAAUUUUGCAGGUGCGCUCUGUUAUGCUGAACUGGGCACAAGCAUAAAGAAAUCUGGUGGGCAUUAUACAUACAUUCUGGAAGCCUUUGGCCCUCUACCUGCUUUUGUAAGAGUGUGGGUGGAACUGCUCAUUAUACGGUAAGUCAAUUCUGUCUGCAUUUGUUUUGUUGUUGUGUACUCCCAGUAUGCUUUUGAAAGUCAAAAAUCAAUUAAAAAUAUGGUGUGCAUGGACAUAGUCCAGCUGUGUUCUGUCCCUUAGUUUGUGCUUCCUGUUCUUGCUUCCCAAGAUUUUCCUUUGUGACAUAGUUGGACUACUAAUUGUUAAUUUGUAAAAAUUAAGAAACUCUAAAAAGCAAUAUUUUUAAAAAUAAAAAAAUGCUUAAUUUUGUUUGCUCUAAAAAGCUGAAGCAGAACAUUAAUAAUACCCGGACCUCAUGUUGCAUCAUAAUGUUGGUUUAAAACUAUCCAAGCCUUGUAAUUUCCCCCCAAUAAAUCACAGUGUCUGCUGGCUUUUAUGAAACUUACUUGCAGGUAGUAAUCAUCAUUUUCCAGCAACUCCCCUGGUGCAUCCAUGAGACAUGCACACCUGCGCUUGAUUCAGAUUUGGUCAGAUGGGGCUAUACAAUAUGAAAGAACCCUCCCAUGUGUCUAUUGCACAUGGAAUUGUAUGCAUGUAGAGUCUGGCUUUGUGGCAAAUAUGGCUAGGGCUAACAUUUCAGUAUGCUUUGUGCCUCCGUUCUACUUCAAUAUAGUAUUAACUAUGUAGUAUUAUUUCUAAACCCUGCCUUGGAGUCUUUGGUAGAAAAGAAGCUGUAAAUCAAUGCCCUGCUUUCUCUUAUAAAAGGGAGCCCCACUGGAAUUUCCAGUGGGUUGGGCAUGGCAGGUUGUGGGAACUCUGUGAGUGGGCACAGUGUUUUAGACCACAAUAUGCACCAAAAGUUGACAAGGAAGAGGGUGACUGAUGGGUGUUCAGGAGCAAGAUCUGGAGUGGUCCCGAACAAAUUUAAAGCUUCACUUGUAGGUGUCUUUUAGUAAAAUGUGAAAAUCUAUGUGAGGCUGAAAUUGUGUUCUGUUGCCCCAGGGUGAUCUGAGAAUAUUGCACUUCCUCUAACACUUUAUUCCCUGCGUGAAAAAGAAGUAGAGCUGGCUAAACUGGUUUCAACCUACAAGUUCUCCCACCCCCUAGCCCAAGAGAUUCCAUUUUUAUAGUCUUAGUGGCCCAUUUACAACAUUGUUAACUUACAAUUUACACCGCCAGUUGGCUUAGUAAAUAAGCACAAUGCCUUGUUAUGUUAUGUGAAUUGCUCAGUGUUUACUAUGCUGUUUAAAAUAGCUCUCAUAUCACAACAAAUACAGUUUGAGCACCUGUGGGAGCUAACAGGUUUAUCUGUAGGCAGUUUAGCUUGUGGAUGUAGUUACUCUAAUUCUGCAUCUGAGGAGCUUGUGUUACUAAAGAUAAUCCAUACAAGUGAAACAAAUAUGCGUUCUCAUUUCCUCUCCCUCUCCCGCCCCAUGCCCCAUGUAUUUACGUAGCUUAUUUUAGUUGUUCUUAUUGCUUCAUAUGCCUACGUAACAAGCUGUAGCAAUAAAGGAUUUGGUUAACAACAAUUGUGCUCAGUCACUCUGAAUGGGAUAUAUAUUUGAGGUGCGUCACUCUCCUGGGAACACACUGAAUUGAUUAGCAAGUGUUAAUCCACACCCAACACAAAACAAAUAAAGGCAAGAUCCUUUCAAGCCACGAUAUGGCAUGCAUCCUGGGAUACAUGCUUGUCCAGAUCUGUAGUUAUCAAGAGUGCCUCCCCUGCCAAAAUAAUGCUUUAAGUUUCUGCUAUAAAUUGAUUGGCAUUGUGUCAAUAAAUUUGGCAUCUAUUUAUUUUUUUAAAGGAUGAGUCAAGUACUUUAGCAUAGCAUGCAAUGUAUAUAAGAGCGCCCCAAUCCUGGCUUUGCUUUCAUAAAGAAAAGCAGUUUUGUGAGCCUGGAAUUUGGAGCAAAGAAGUGGGCAGGGAUUGAGGUGCUUAACUCUUUCUCCGCUUCUACAUUCAAAAUAGCCUUAAUGGGGAAUCAUUUUCAGCCUGAAUGCAACUCUCCAGGUGUCAUUUUGACCCUGAGGACCCUGCCCAGCACAGCCGUCUUUCCCAUUGGUGUUAGUGGUUCGUUGCGCCAGGGCGUGGGCCUCUCAGGGGUGUCCUAGCAAGUGGGUGAGCUGCGCGGCUUUGCCGGCAGCCUCCCCUUUACCUGCAUGCCCACCAGCUGCGCCUCACCAACUAUAUGGCUGGCAGGCAUGCAGCUUCCUUCCCAAGCCUCCGCAGGAGGAGAGCGAUGUGAUGCCCGCAGAAGCUGUGCGCAGCUUCCCUCCCAAGCCUCUGCAUCUGCUAAAGGCGGCCCUGCUCCCGGCCGUUGUUCUCCUCCUGCUUCUUAGCGAAAGGCAGCACACAGCCUUCCUGGGCUGCCUUCCUGGGCGCCCUGAUGCCAGAGAGCAUGUCCGCCAGCAUGUUUUCCUGCUUGAUCGCUGCCACCACACUGGGGAUCAGGGUGUUGGGGGAGGCAGAGGACAUUUUCCACCACCCCCUCCCUUGUUUUGGAGUUGCCGGGGGGGGGGCACCAGAGGGAUCUUUGCACCAUGGCACCAGAUAUGCUUAAGACAGCCCCGCUGCCCAGUUCCCUUAUUGGACGAUAAGGCCACCAGUGGCUACUAGCCACAAUGCCUAUCCUCUGCCUUCAAGGUCCUGGGAGCCAUGCAUGUGCAUGAGCCCUGCUUGAAGGUUUCCCAUGAGCAUCUGAGUGUCCACUGUGACAACACGAUGCUGGACUAGAUGGGCCAUUGACUUGAUUCUCCUGUUCUUCAUACAGUUCUUGAGUACCUUUGCCUGGCUGGAAUUUGUCCUUGGUCUGUAAUAUUACCUCUCACUUGCCUGUCUCAGCUUCCACCUAGCCAAAUCAGUUUGCAAAGACACUUCUAGCUAUGGUUUCUAGUUUCCCCAAACACUCGACACACUUCCUCCACCAAAUGUAGCUGGGUUAGUCAAUAUGCCGCCCUACAGAUGUUGGACUACAACUGCUAUCUUGACCAUUGGCUAGGGAUGUUGACUAGGGAUUUUGGGAGCUGGAUUCCAUAACAUCUGUUCUUGCUUUGUUUAAGAAAAGGGUCUAAACCAGAAUUGGUUUAGAGCAGGAACCAAUUCUAACAUCACACCAAGCCACGGUUAUGAAACACCAUGCCCUAUAGUGUUGGCAUGUGUUCUAUGUAUUUGAAUUCUACGUAUUUGAAUUCCAGCAAUUGUUUAUAGCAAUCGGUUUCCUCUGCUUGUAGAUUUUUGUGCAAAGUAAGUUUCUUUAGGGAUAGUUCCUCAUUUUAAUAAGGCCUGGUGACUGUGACUGUCACAAAAUGUAGAAAUGACGCUUAUGAAAACCUCAAGAUUAUGAGCCAAGAAAAAGUUCCAAAAGCACAGGAAUCGCAGCUACCAAGAGCACAAAAGGGAGAACAAAAGAACUUGUUCCUGUUUAAAUGAAUUUCAUAUAUAUAUAAAAAAUCAUUUUUUAAAAGAGUGCAAAAAACGUUUUUCUGCUUGGCAGAAGGGUAGUCGCAAUAGUUGUGUGAGUUAUAUUUUCUGAUGUUACAGUGUUCACGUGACUAGACUGUUCACACAAGCAAUUCAUAAUUGCAAAAGUUAUCCAGCCUUCAUAGGAUGAAUACCUUAAUGACAAUGUCCUAAAACUCUGGAAGUAGGGAUGGGCAAAUCUAUUAAUUUCUGUUUUUCUCAGCUUCACAUAUUUUAAAUGUUGUUCAGUUCUCUACAUUUCCACAUCAGUUUGCAUUCAUGAAAAUUCACCAGCAAUUUGGCAUGUGUAAUAUAUUUGACACAGCCUGACAUGUCAUGUAGGCAUGUAUACUGUAAAUAAUCUCCAUAUCUACCUGUAAACUGACCAACCUUUUCCCCCUUUCUUUCUCUCUUGCAGCCCUGCUGCCACAGCAGUGAUUUCCCUGGCAUUUGGACGUUACAUGUUGGAACCAUUUUUUAUCCAGUGUGAAAUCCCAGACCUUGCUAUUAAACUGAUUACAGCUAUGGGAAUCAGUAAGUAUCAGUUUUUAGGAGAAAUGGGCUGAAGCAGGUGAAAGGCAGAAGAAAGCAAGAAUAAAUUCUGCACUCAAUUAAUACAACUCAUAUGAGACAAAUUAAAAAUGUGAAUUUGUAACUGAAUUGUUUUAAUAGUCUUAAAACAGACUGUUCUCAGAGAUACUUCAGGAUGACCAAGGGGUUUAUAUUUGAGAGUGGGAGACAAUAUGAAAUCAAACACUCUUGCUAGGAGUUUCAGUGGCUGGGUAAGGCUUUUCUUCUGAGGUAUGGUAAAGGGUGAAAAAUAACCCAGCAGGGUAGGCAAGGUAAGGUACAAAUGCAGAAAGCAGCAGCUGGCUGAUAUCUUUUAUUCAGACUAGAGAACUGACCAGAUAAGGCAAUGAUACUUAUUAGAUAGGUGAAAUCAGUAACUGGAAUUACUGAAUCUGUCAGACUCAGAGCUUUCAUCCCUAAAUCUCCUAAGACAGCUUCUUGCUGAAAUAGAAUAGUUCUGUCUUUCUGGCCCACUGUCAUGAUGGUGCAGGCAAUAGGGAAAUGAUGUCUACUCUUUAUGAUCCAAGAUGUGGGACACUUGGCACAUGACACCUGGAUUGUUUUAGAUUGCCUGGAAAAACAAAACACGUUAGUGGUUGGCAAACAUUAGCUCAGCUGCAGAGUCUGAAAUUUUGUGGCUUGUUUAGCACUGCAGAGUUUAUGGCCUACUAUUGUAGACUGGGAGGAACCAGCUAUUUAACUAGUUGAGAUGGAUUGGUGUGUCCAGACUGAUGAAGACUCAUUGAGAAAAGCUAGGCCUCUGCUGGGCAGUACUUGCUUACACACUUUCAAGGGCCAGUCACACAAACUUGUGAUAUUUUUCACUCUCACACUUAACCUUCCCGUUUAGUGUAAAGUGAAAUGAGUAGGUCACCUUGUAGUCACAGGUGCAUCUGGGGAACACAGUAUUCCAGGCCCCAUGGUGGUGAAGUUUCCUUUGUCAGUAGAGUAUUAAACUUCUGAUUAGGAGCCUAGUCAGUGUUCAGUGUUUGGUCAGCAGUGCAAAUUAUGGGCUAUGGAUACUAAGUUCUGUCUGUGACCUUUGAUAUUAUUGAAUAUCAGUUGUUUCUUGACCAGUGUGGCAGCUGACAGGUGCUUCAAUAUUUGCUCCAGUUUUUACACAUUUAUCUUCUUCCCAAGCCCCAGCAAUUAUGCAGAGACUUGAUAUAGGGGUGAGACUGAAUAUGAAAAAGGUGACUGUAACUGAAUCCAGUAAGGACUGAAAUAUUAAUGUAUUCAGGUUAUGAAGAGAGCAUGGCUAAUUGGCAUAAAGAUGAUUUUGGUCUUUUUACGGAGGCCACUGCGCAACAUAGAUUCCACAUGUGCUCUAAAGCAGUGUUUCCCAACCUUGGGUCUCCAGCUGUUUUUAGAUUACAAUUCCCAUCAUCCCUGACCACUGGUCCUUCUAGCUAGGGAUGAUGGGAGUAGUAGUCCAAAAACAGCUGGAGACCUAAGGCUGGCCAACACUGCUUUAAAGUCAACCUCUGGCCAUCCUCUGUUGAGCACAAUUAAAUCUUCUUGGGUUUGACAUAGAAAGUCAAACCUUGAGUCUGGAUAUAUCUCAGAAAUCCCCUUGUUCCACAUAUCCCUUUGCCACAAGACUGCAAUAUUGCAUUGACUUAAUAUAAUGGCAACUGGACCCAAGAUUGGAUGAACUAGGGCCACAUUUUAUUAACAACAUCUGUAGGAGAAAUGAAAAGAACUGGAAGCUAUACUUUGAACAGAUCCAUUAAAAUCAAUGGAACUUAAGUUAGGGCUUGAUAUAUGUUCCAUUGAUGUCAAUUGACCUACACUAAGUGUGAAUAAAUCUGGAUCCCUAGAUUACAUCUUUUGGAAAUUAUAUAAUUACGUCCUGUGCAAGCGACAUUGCCUAACAAGUGAGCAAAAGGGCAAAUCUUCAAUUUCUGUUUUCCAGCUGCUGCACAUAUAGUUUAUCUAUCUGUUACAGAACUCUUUGUACUAAGAAUAUGCCAAAAUAGUAAGCUGGGCCCUUAUAUUAACAGAUAUUACAAACAGGCAGCCAGACCCCACAUUAGAAAGGAAAUUAAAGGCAUCAAGAAGGAGUGAAGUCAUGCAAGACAAUUCUAGUUACACAAGGAAAUGCACUCAUUUUGCAUUUUCUUCAGUUGGAUUGUCCUUGAACUUCCAGGUCCCAAAGUUAUUUGUGAGUGUGCUUUUCCACCAACCCAAAACGUGGAUAGAGAAUCAAUACCUGACCACCUUAUUUCUCUCUUAAUUAUGUUAAAACCUAAAGGCUCUAUCUAAGUAAUUGAAUUAAAGUUAUGAGCUUUAGAGGUUAAUGUGGAAAAUAUUUCAUGGAAAGAUAAUAGUAAAACAGAUGUUUGAUCCUGCAUUUGCCCCUGGGACAGCGUUGGUGGCUGGAUGCAGGAAAGGAUUCCAUUGUAAACAUUUGCCUAGUGUUUUUAAUUUGACCACAAUGUGUGUAUAAUUUGGAAUGGGAUUUCAUCACGAUUAAUUUAAUGGGGCAAUCUUUGAGAUAAACCAGGAUUACCGUAUGUGCCUUAAUUAAAAAGAAAGAAUCAGUAUGGCAGAAAGGUGGAGUCCUCCUAAAAUAAUGUCACCUGAGGAGGGAGAUAGGAGUUAACAGCAAGUGGUUGGCAUGGAGACCAAAUGAGAGCCUGGGAGUGAGCUGGAGGAGUUGCUGCUUCAGAAUGGAGUCUCUUUUAGGAAGCGCUUUGAGAACAAGGCAGGCCGCUGUCAGGAGAGACACUGAAAGAUGUGCAUGAAGAAGCAAUUAUAGUAAGGUGAACUGGAAUGACUCCAGGAUGAGGCAUGCUAAACCCUGCAGGGCAAGCCUAUUUGCCCUUGGAGAAUAAAAUACUGAUCACCAAAUACAGUAGAAUGUCAGCCCUGCUUUGAGCACACAGGCAAGAAGAAGCACUAUCUGGGUCCCUUGAGGUAACAGCACCAUUACCUCUAAUGAACUGGGAUUGGGAGUUUGCUAUGGAUCACUUGCUGAGCUAAGAUAAUGGUUUGAGAAUUAGAAUAAACAGGAGACCCACUAAGAUUAACCAGGGAUUUCCAAGCUGCUGCUCUCCAGAUGUUGUCAGACUACAAUUCCCAUAAGCCUCAGCUCUUGUGGCCAAUAGUCAAGGUUGAUGGGAGUUGUAGUUCAGAUUGUCAGCACAUGAAUUACUGCGUCUAGAAUGUCCUUAUCCAGAGGCAGUUGCAAUUGGUGCAUGAUCUUCCAUUGGUGAAUGUGCCACAGAAGCAGCUUGGGGUGGAUCAGUCAGACUCUACCCUUCCCCCACAACAAGACAUCAAUCCUGAUCCUUUAGGACAAGUCAGCGUCUGUCUAGAAUAGUCUGAAUACCACCUCCAUAGUCAGACAAACUUCCACAAGCAGUACUUCUGUUUGGAUGCCUGAUGAAUUCAAUUUUUGUAAAUUCCAAUUUGUACUGUUUUGUCCUGAUCUUCUCUUCCUUGACUCAUGUGCAGAUCAGUACCUAAUUUUUUUACAAUUUUGCAGUUCUGUGAAUCAUGCAAUACAGUUUUUGGCUCACAAAAAUAUCAAAAUGUGUUUACAUUUUUUUAUUUGUAUAUUUGUGAUAGAAAAUGUUGUUAUAAUAGAUUAAAAUCACUAUAUUUAUAAAUGUUAAGUAGCUCUAUUAUUUUUUUUGGCAGUGCCCCAUACAUAUCUUUAAAUACAAAACUGACACAUAUGAGAUUCCAUAUCCAUUCCAUACUUUUCAUACUUCCAUAAAUAUAUUCUACGUAAUUCUUUGUACCCCUACCUUGGUUUUUUAGUUUAACAUACACACCCACACUCCACAUUAAACUUAGGAAGAUUGUGCAAACUUUGCAGGUGGAUGAACACACCGAUGUAGUUAUAAAAGCAAACCCCAUGUGCUGUAAUAUUAAAUGACACUUUUGCCCUCUUUUUAUGACUAACUACAAAGCCACAACAGAGCAGCCACAAAACAGGCUGGCAGCCUCACGACCAGUUUGAACAUGGCAGAACUUACAAUAAAGCCUUGCUAUAAAUACUGAUAAACUGUUCUCAAACAGAUGCUGGCUUUUUCAUUGCAAUAAGCAUGACUCACUUAAGAAGAGUGAUUUAUGAUUCAUUCCUUGGACUGCUCAGAAAGGAGGCCACAAGAUGCCGUGUGAACUCUUGUCAUCCACAUAACUCAGGUUCUUGCUGGCUAUUAACUAACGGAAAAUCAAGCACAUAUUUCUGCAAGGCAGGUCGCUGUAUUGAAAUGUUGCUACUAAGUGCUCAUAGGUGCAAAGAUGCUUGGAUUACUCAUUCAUCCCUGAGUUGUAUAACUGUGUUCAAGGCAGAGAAGCUGAACUCUUUUUAUUCUGAUCUUUCCUUUAAAAGACCAAGUCGGUGUUUAAAGUCCUUUCAUAUACUUCACCAUGGCUUCUUGUCAGCCUAUAUAUCAUUGUGCAAUUAGCCUGAAAGAACUGUGUUGCUAACAGAUAUUACAGUUUAAUGUCUUUUCCCCUCAGCAGAUUACUGAGUCGCUGCUUCUCUCCCACCAAAUCAGCAUUGGAUUCCCACACCUCUUUCAGGGAUCAUCUAUAUUUCUGUAAACACCCCCCCCCCCCGCUUUCCCCCGGGAAAACCCACUGCUUACUAUUGAAUCGGAGCAAAUGUUCAUUGGGUUUUCUCCAGAUUGACGUUCACUCCAAUUUCAUGCUAAAGAGAAGGUUUUACAGGGGAAAGCCAUUGGACAAGCUGCAAACCACUUGGACGCCAAGGUUUCUUGACUUGGGACAAGUGUGGACAGGCCCUUAGUUUGUGGCAUUGUAACCAAGGAUGUAUUCAGUUGUGAAUCUAAAGAAUAGUUCAACAUAACAAACACAAGGUUAAAUUAAUCCUGAGGUUGUGAACUCUGUUGUUUCAUGUUGAGGAAGCUGGUGGCCAAGUUGUGUAAAGAAACACCACAUGCUGUACACCUAUAAAAAAUUCCUGUACGUGUGACGAUAAUUGUGAAUCAAUAUUCUGGCAAUAUGAAGCAUUACACUAGUUCAGUAUUUUUAGUAUGCAAGUUCACAGCCUCCAUCUUGGGUAGUCGGGAUUUAUAGAUCUAACCAGGGCAGAUACACAAGGCUUCUGUUGUGUCUGCUAAUCUCCAUGACUCUGCAUGAAUCUGUCUGUGCAGUAAAUGUGAUGGUGGUUUUCCAGUUAACCCAGCCUUCCAGUUAAUCCUGAAUGAGUAGCUGGACGGAAGAAAAUAAACAAUAUUUUCUUUCUUUGGCUACUGAUUGACCAUUAAUUGCCCUUUUCUUUAAACAUAAGGAUUAAGUCAUUUAAUUAUAUGCACAUUUGUAACAACCAAACAAUCACUUCUCUGGGCCCAGUGCAAACUUCUAAACAUGUUAUUCUCCCCCUGUAAUCCUUUUUCUGUUUUGGAAAAAUUGGAGAUUGGCCGGUGUCUUUUUAAGAUUUUGUUGCUGUUGUUUCUUUGGUUUAAGCUCCUUAAUCUGACUGCCUACUUUAUAUUUAUAGCUGGUCAUGGCAGCAUUGCAAUGUAUAUAAUAUAUUUAUAUUUAUACAUGAAGAACAGAUUCCUCUAGGCCCCUUCACAGAUUACUCUAGUUCAGUGAUGGGCAAACCUGGCCCUCCAGAUGUUUUGGGACUACAAUUCCCAUCAUCCCUGACCACUGGUCCUGUUAGCUAGGGAUGAUGGGAGCUGUAGUCCAAAAAUAGCUGGAGGGCCAAGUUUGGCUAGUUGAAUACAAGGUGGACUGCACCACUUGCCCUAUUUCUACAUUGCAUGGUUUCCUCAGCCCUGCCAUUCAUGCACUGAGCAAGGACAGGCUGCUUGCAUAGACUUUCCCUAUGCAGAUGUCCAUGCUCAAUGUGUUUUCUUGCUCUCUUGUGGCUAGCCAGAUGCCACUGCUCAUUCCUGCUUGCCCUACAUCUGCACCUGGAAUCCUUGGGCAGCUCCCAGGGCCCCAGCAUCCUAGCAGUGACCAUGCUGGUAUCUACCCUGCCUCCCUGAAUUCUUUCCCCCCCUGAUUGGUCACUCUAGGCAUCUAGCUGCCCUUUUAAUUUCCCCAAAUACCCUCAGCCUAGCAUCACUUUGGAAGACUGUGAGAAAGUAAAAAUGUAGCUACUGUGCAACCAGGUAUCCUCAUUAUGGCAGAGGAGGAGGGUAAUUACUAGGGAUCUUAGAGAAUUCUGACUGAAGCAGAAAUGGGGGCAGAAAUCGCCACUGUUUGCAAACAACCUUUCAGCUCAGUCAUCAUAUAUGAAAUUCCUGACGUCAUAUAUAAUAGCAUCAGGCAUAGGGCAGGUUGCUUGACAAAAUGUCCUGGUGGGUGAAAUCAGUGUGUUUUAGGUUAAAAAAAAUUAUAUGUUUUUUUUUUAUAUAAAAAUGUUUUAGAUGCCUUAAGUCCUGGUCUGUGAAGUGGUUGUUGUUGUUGUUGUUGUUAUUAUUAUUAUUAUUAUUAUUAAAUAACAACUACAAGUAAUUGCAUCACCAUGCAAAUAGGGUAGGGAGAAGUGCGUGUGUCUCAGACAUGUGAAGGCACUUGAGGUCACCUGCUUGCUAAAGCUAAGCAUGUCUGGACCUGGUCAGUACCUGGAUGGGAGACAACCUGGUAACCACAGGGAAUUCUGCCUUAGGUUCUAGAGGGAAGAAAGGCAGGAUACAGAUGCAAGAAAACAAACAAUUAAUUCAUCAGAUGGAAACAUAUUUUUUUUUAAGUUCCCUCUGCCCAAGAAACUCUGGGGAAUUCUUUCCAGAUUUCCCAGUGUUCUUUGGAAAAUGUCAUUACAGUUGAACUGAUACAAAACUGAUGUAACUUAGUAGGUAAUAGUCUUUUGCUCAUGUACUUAUUCAUACUUAAGAAUAUGGAAUAUGGAAGUAAUUCAGGCUCCCCAAGAGAGCUGAAAGGUUCCUUAUAACCACCUUGCUGAAUGCACAUUCCCCAAGGCAUCUCUCUAGAGGAAACCACACAGAACCUUUAGGAGAAGAAAUGAAUGUGAACAUUGAGCCCAAAGGGCAAUGUUUUGCAGGGCCCAUAAUUGCGAGGAUUUGGCACUCUGAUUGUUUUAUUCCAUUGUUCAAUGUUUUCAAUGCCAUACAAAUCUGAAGUUAAAUCAAACCAAAGAUUACAACUGGAAUGGGAAAGUGACAUUAAUUUUCAGUUUAAAGGCUGAGUUAUACCAGUUCAUCAAUUAUCAACACUGAAUGGUUCUGCCAGGAAGGAAGAAACUUUAAUAUCUGCUGUUGAAAGCUUGCAAAGAGAUUUAUGGCUGGUAGAACGGCAGUGGUGGUGGGGGGAAAGGAGUGCUUUAGCAAAGGCAUGUUGAGGAGAGUGGGAUGAUGAAAAAAAGUGUGUGGCAAGAAGACUAAUGAAGGAAACGUUUAUAAGGGUAACUCCACUUCUUCUGCAAAUGCCUAGAAUGCAUGCUGGGGAAAGCUUUCCCUUGAUGAAGCUUAUGGUGCUUUUGGAGGGAUGAGUAGCACUUUCUUUUAACUAUUUUCUCUUCUUUUCCCCCUUCCAGCAAUUGUAAUGGUCCUGAAUAGCAUGAGUGUCAGCUGGAGUGCCCGCAUCCAGAUUUUCCUAACCUUUUGCAAGCUCGUAGCAAUUUUGAUAAUUAUAGUCCCUGGAGUUAUGCAGCUAAUUAAAGGUAUGAAGUGAAAAGUAAAUGCUAUUUUAAGUGCUUUUAUCUCCCCCUUCCCACCCUUGUCCCUACCCAUAUAGUGCUGAGGCCAGCAAAAUCUCUUAAUUAGUCUCUGCUUGUUCAACUUAAGCUCCAUACUGUCAUGUAAAUAACUGGAAGUGGAACUAUGCUGAGAAGAACUUAUAUUUACAGCAGCAUGCUGAUGAGAGCGUAUUGAGGCUGGAUCCAUAAUGUUUUAAAUGAAGGGCCAAUGAGUUGCUCCUCUCAAGAAAAAAAUUAUUAGCAGGGUAAAUGCAUUGGAACAGAACUUCCGAUAGGACAUUCAAACAACUAUUUAAUACUGUAUUCCAUUUAGCUCUGUGUGUGUAUGCGCACACGCACACACGCAUGCGCACGCACACACACACACACACACUUAGAAGACAAUACAUAAUCUGUGAGCAAAACUCUUCCACAAUGCUCUUCAUUCAUCAAAUUCCAUUGCAAAAAGCCUUUCCUCCUGCAAGAGGGGAGGGGUUGUGGGUGGGAUCCGAUGCCUGCCUUAUGCAGGGGGCGUUAGCCCCCUGCCACCCACUCACCGGGCUGGCGCACCACGCCCACGGGUAAGUGCCCAAGCAGGCGGCUUGGAGGGGGCGCAUGUACCAUUGAAUGCUCCUUGCUGUAUAAUUUAGAACAGGGCUGAAGGGGACUUCAAACCCAUGGGGCAAAUUCAGCCCUUGAGGUCUUCCUCAAAUGCUUCUACCUCUCUGGACUGUGUUUCUUGAACUGCCAUCAUUCCUGUUGUUUGCCUGAAUAGAGAGAUGUGUCUGUGUAAACCUCUGACUUUUAAAAGGUUUUAAAUACAUCUUCUUGUGCAAUCCAAACCCAGACAAAUGGUGAUUAGUGGCCUAUGGAUAGAUGAAACAAGCCAAGUUCAAACAAUAGCUUUUAAAUCUGACUUGUUUCAACUAACUGCACAACAGGCUAAACGGCGGUUAAUUUAAAAGAAGGGUAGAAGUUUCCACUUUCCUUCAUUUGACCAUGAGAAAGGAGGAAAGGAAGAGGAUUGUGUGAACCAAGGCACAUGUAGAGUUAUUUUCAUAAUGCUAAACUGUGGUUAUGAGUUACAUCCAAACACAGCCAAACUCUUGAUUUAAAAUUUUCCAGCUUCUUCCUUCAGGUUUAUAUUCCCACUGAUUGGCUUUCACUUUCAAAACUUUUCUCAGCUUAUUCCUCUAUGCUGUUUAAACAGAUGGCUAAUUCUUUUAAUUAAGGGUUACUUUGAAUCUAAUAAGAUAAUCAAUGUGCCAGCUGUUUUUAAUACCACAUGUUUAUGGAUAUAAUGUGAAUAACUGUUAUUGUAUUGGAACAAACUGCAGUUUCCUGUUACAUCCAAAUACAAGAACCAUGGUUUGUAUAGGCUGCAGUAAAUUAACAAACCAUGAUUUGAAACUAUGUUAUGACAAACUUCUCACAAUUUUCCAUAUCUGGACAUCAUUGAAAACUGCAGUUUGUUCCAAAAUGUAAAUGGAAGUUUCAUAUUUGCCUACUUUGCAUAUGAAGGAGGAAAAGGGAAGCUGAAAAGCCCCAGGAGCUGCUGGAAUUGGUGCGUGGCUACUCCCUGUAGUGAACCACUGAACUUCACAUGACAGCCUUCUUAGUGAAGAGCCUGCCAAACUGACCCCACCCGCACAGGCUCACCACUGGAUCUUUCUAGAAUGAAGGGACUGUCAAUAUAUUCCUUUCCUAGCUGAGCCUUGAUUGAGCAAUAGGCCUCCCUCAGUUCUACUGUAGAUUAAUAGUAGGGAGAACAAAUUAACUGUGCUGGAAGAAAAUUGCUAAAAUAUUACAGGAUGUGUUCGCAGCAAAUUUUCUGACAAUUUUCUGUUAUACGUUGUGGUGGAUAUAGCUUUAAGCAAACAUAUGUUUGUUUUUGGAAUUCUGCCACUCCACCCCCCCCCCUUCUGAAGUAGAAAGUUGGGGAACUGCGUUCUGUAAGUAUAACUGCGUGUGCUCAUGAGGAAGGAAUUGUUUUGUCAGUAGGUUUUCUUGUUAGCUGUUCUUAAAAAUUAGCAGAACUGCUUUCAAAACAGUCUUCACUGGGAAUUAGGGUGAAAGGGUAAAUAUUCCAAACAGCUGUGGGACAUACAGCCUGUUAUAUGUUUGUAGCCACCUCCUGGGGCCUAUUUCUAAUAUGUUUACCCUUAGGUGUUGGUUCUGAUGGUACUGAUGUUUGCUUAAAUAUAAUGUGGCUUUUGCUAAUUAUUGUGUGUCAUGUAGUAUGUGAAACACCUGCAAGAGUAUAGCCAUUAGAUUGAAUGAUUAUGCCCUUGUUUAUCAAAGGCACUACUUUUGUAUCCAGUGUUUCAGUAGUUGUUACUUCUUGUAUAUGUUAUCUCUUACCUGAUCUGUGACAUUUAUUGCAAAGCUGCAAGAGCUUUGUUGAAGUCUGUGGAUGUACAUUUGUAGCCAGAUGGUGCUCUAUUGUAGCCAGCCAACAGAAGGAUGCCUCUCUUCACAUGCUUCUGAUGUCCCAUUUGUCUAAACUUAAAGCAGGGGUAAAAAGGUAAAGGUAAAGGGACCCCUGACCAUUAGGUCCAGUCGUGACCGACUCUAGGGUUCCGGCGCUCAUCUCGCUUUAUUGGCUGAGGGAGCCGGCAUACAGCUUCUGGGUCAUGUGGCCAGCAUGACUAAGCCGCUUCUGGCGAACCAGAGUAGCGCAUGGAGGUAGUCAACCUUUCUAUACCUACCGUCCACUAAUGCAUAUUUCUUGAUGGUAAAAUUUCCUUACUGCCCACCAGUGCUCAGUGGAAGGAGGAUUCAGCUUGUGCCGUGGAACCCCCUACCGCCCAACUAGAAUCCUGAAACUCCCACUAGUGGGCGGUAGGGACCAGGUUGACAACCUCUGGUCUAAAGUAUGAGAGGCUGAUUACUAAGCUGGAAUUAGAAUGAUUUUUUAAGAAAAACAAUAAAUGGAUUUAUCUCAUGGGUGAUUAUGCUGGUGAUUUGCACUCUUUGUAAAUUGUUGAUAUAUAUUUUAAUCUGCUUUUCAGGAGAAACUCAGCACUUUAAAGAUGCAUUUGUGGGGCAUGCAGCCAGUGUCAAAGGAUUGCCUCUUGCUUUUUAUUCAGGAAUGUAUGCCUACUCAGGCUGGUAAGUGGUAGAACAGGUUGGAUUACAAUGAAUGCCUGACCACUGUAUGCUCAAUAUGCUAUUAGGUAAAUCUCAGCCAAACUGAUGCCCUUUUAAAACUUGGAGCAUGGCAGGAGUCUAUGAUAUAGAUGUUAAGCUUAUGAGAUAGACGUAAGUGCUCUAGCGUAUGCUUUGUAUGCAGAGGGUCCCAAAUUCAAUCCCUGGCAUCUCAAGGUAGGACUGCAAGAGACUCCUGUCUGAAAUCCUGGAGAGAUACUCAGGUCAAUGCAGAAGACAAUGGCUAUCUAAAUGAACUAGCGGUUGCACUUUGUAUGAGGCAGCUUGACAGUGCACUCUUGUAUGUGUCUUCCCUGACAUAGGCCUCCCACUAAGUUCAAUGGGACUUAUUUCAGGAUGAGUGAAUAUAGGAUUGUAGCCUAACUGACUUUUCCUGCGGUGGGGCCCACUUACAAUUUUAUGGGAGAUUUUUGGGCACUCUGAGGUGUACUCAAAAGCCUAAUCUGCUGUACAGAGUUAUUAUGAGUAUUAAGUAACAAUUAUAUUGCAUGUGAAAAAUUCUAUAUUGGUAAAUAAAAUUGAUUUAAUCUUUGCUUUUAUAGGUUUUACCUCAAUUUUGUUACUGAAGAAGUAGAGAAUCCAGAAAGGUAUGUUCUUCCCCUCACUUCCUUUUCUUAAAAAAACUGAUCUUAAAAGUCCCACUGCUCUAGAAAAUAAAUUAAUAAACCUAUGCUCUUUCAGAUAAUCUUGCAUGCCAGUCAGGUUGCUUUCUCCUUGCAAUGAUGAUAUCAGUUUGAAUAUGCUUUUGUUUGAAAUUUUGCUAAUUAUUAAUUCGACCUGACCUGCGUAGGUGUGUAUCUUUUCUUGUAUACUGAAGACAAAAAGAAAGUAGUUCUCCCCAUUUACAGCAUGUCAGCAAUUUUCUAUGGGAAACAUUGAAUAGAUGCCUCUGACAUGUCACUGGGAAAGGAUAAGGCUUUGAAUGCAGAUUUCACGGCAUAUUUAAAUGUUGAUUUGCUGUGUAUAAGGUUGCUCAGUCAUAAUGUGAUCUCAGCACACUAAGGCCCAAUUUAAAUUUAUGUGGAAUACAUCCAUGGAAGUGUUCCAUGUAACUGCUGUUUGUGGAUGGAGGUUAUACUGAAUGGAUGUAUAGUUGCCUUUGACUGGACUUAACUGUCUAGGGGCCUUUUACCUUUACCUUUACUAAAUGGAUUUGUGUGGAUGUUAUGUGAAUGUGACUCUGGCCCCAGAAGGUUACCCUUGAGGAAAUGUGGGUCUCAGGGUAAUAAAAGUUCUCCAACUCUGAUGUGUAGGGUUGCAUAUUUCCCCCCUACAUGGCCUUGUUAUGUUUCUGAAUAUACAGUUAUCUGCUGUCCUGAUAUGCUGGCAUCCCUUUGAUGCAAGGGUGAUGCUGUCGCCCUUCAUUCUGUGUAGGUAGGCUAUAUCAUUGUGCUGUCAGUGUGCUCAACCCGCAUUAGGUGAAUUGCUAUGUGAGCCCCAUGCUAUCACAUUUAUCUGGCUAUUUCAGCCAAAAUGGAUAAUACCUAGAAAAAAUGUAGACUAGCUAGAAUUUGACAGAGUGUUGCUGCACAUAUGCAUUGUUGCUUCUCUCUUGUUAGAAAGCCAUCGGGGUACUGUAAAAUAUUCAGAUGAAUGCUAUUAAUGGAAAAUAAAGUGGAAGACAAUGUGUUUAAUUCUGCAUUCUGGGAAGUAUUCUCCAUAUGAAGUUAGAAUGUUGGAAAAAAAUAAUCAGGAUUAUUGAAGUAACCAUAAGCAGACUCCCUCCAGUUACUACUUGUGAUACAAACAGAAGCCUUUGUAGUAAAUCAGAAGUGUUGGCUUCGUUAGAGUCCUGACACAGAACCAAUUAAAUCAAGCAGUGGUUAGUACUUUAAAUUUAGUUUCUAUAUGCACUAAUGGGAAGAUGCAGUAUAAGAUUCUAUCAGCACAUCUGCAUCCCAAAUAGUUGAGACAUUUUUCCAGCAACACAGAGGAAUGAAGUGCUUCUCUGACUCAAGUGGAGGAAAGGCGCUUGAUGAUUCAACAGCUCAGCACCAACACCCAAUAAAAAUCAGAGCUAGUCUUUUUAUUGGCUUCAUUCAUCUUUGGAUGAGGCCUCUAAUGCUGAACAACUGGAGAUGCAGAGCUUAAUUAUUUGAACAGGCAGGUUUUGAGGCUCAUAGCCACAGGCAGUUUUGUAUCACUAUCUUGUUUGCUUUGCUGUAGGUGUUUUAUUUAAAUCUCCCACAGAAGUUCACACUGUACACAGGACUUCUCUGUAGAACAUCAUUGUGGAACUGUUGCUAUUGCCAUAAAAAAGGAUUAUAAUUCUUCCAGAUGUGUAAUUUGUAAUAUUUUGUGAAGAGCUGUAGAUGCAAAUUACUGCCUGGAACAAGGAAGUGUAUAAUGAAUCCUUCUGUCUCGUGCCGUGCCAAAGUAAAUGUUUGCCUCAAAAUCAGUCACAGUUGUAUGUUUCCAGGUGCACUUCACCAUGUAGAAUAACUGGCAGCUGGUAUUCCUAUAAUCAGUUCAUGCUCAAACAGUGAUAAUUAACCUCCUGCAACAUUUAGGGUGACAGAGUGCCUGAAAAGAACUAUGUGGCAAACACAGAUAUUUGCACCUCAAAAUAGUAAAUCUCCAUGGCAUGGGGAGAUGUUGAAUCAGUAAUUUGGUACAGGGAUAUGUGGAAUCAUUUGCAGAAUUAUAUCUGUGACUGCUUUAGCCUGCCAUAUUCAAUUUUUCCUUGCUUGCUUCACUUGAAACAAUCCCGUACAAACAGGUUGUGUUUUCUGUUUAUCCAAUGAAAAGAGAUGAGGGUGGCAGAUACUGAGUUGCAAAAGUCCAUCUUUGGAAUUCAUGACUGGGCAGCUGUCCAUAACCAGUGUUGCAUUUAUCAGAAUACUAGUGUUUUGGGAAACCUUAACCUUGUCAAGGCUGUCCUAAUUGACAAUGGCAUUAUAUUGUAUUCCCCUCCCUCAUGUAUGUUUUAGACCUUCAUCCUACCUAUGCUGCAACAAGCAUAUUGGAAGGACCAGUUCCUUUGAGUUUGUUAUAUGGAGUAUUGGGAUGUGGAAACCAUCACGAGAUUUCUCUAUUGCACUAUAUACCAAUUUUGUUGCUUAUUAAGGGAAAUUUCUAGGAACUGAUCUCAACGUUGUAGCUUAGAAGUCACUGUUCAUAACUGGAAACAUUGGUGCAAAUAUAUUUCCUGGGACAUUAAUGGGAAAAAGUAUAGUAUAACUCAUCACAUUUGACUUUGUCUUGACCUUUGUAGUAGAUUGUUGUGUCAUUUUGUCUGUUACAGUCAACUCUCCAAGGUAAGCAUGGGAUAAACUGGAAUGUAAACUUUUAGGCAUUCAUUUCUUCAAAACAUUUUGCUGUACAAGAGUAGAAAACAUUGGCUAGUUUGGAAUUCACAAAUUAAAUCCAGGUGUAUUUGAGGUUUAAUACAUCACUACACUUUGAUUUAGGAUAUUUGUGAAAGCUGCAUAAGGAAUAUACCACUUGGGUGUAUUGGUGUUAUUUCCUGGUUUCUCAUGUGACUUGGGCUAAUCCACGACCCCUAAAAAGGAUAAUUACACAGGAUAGGAACAUAGGAUGCUGCAUACAGAACAUACAGAGUGAGACUAUUGGUUCAUCUAGUUCAGUACUUUCAACACUGACUGACAGUGCGGCUCUGCUGGAUUUUUAGAUAGGAGUUUUUCUCAGCCUACCUGGAGAUGCCUGAACCUGGGACCUUUUUCAUGCAAAGCAUGUGCUCUGCCACUGAGUUACAGCCUUUCAAUUAUAAAUUAAUGAAGAAUACAAUAAUGAAAUAAUUGAAUGAAGUGAAUGAAGAACAAUGAUCCAGUAAUGAAUGGUGCAAGCUGUUGAUUCACAUAAUGAAGUACAUGAACUACCUGCUUAAAAACAUCUAUUUGUACACAUUUUAGGGCAUUUUAAAAUUAAAACAAUAGGUAACAUUAAGGGGAGACAUGAAACCUUAAAAAUGAAAUUUCAGGAAAGUGCUGCAAUUAUUUAGCGUUAAGGUGAAAAUUCCAGUGUUGUCACUAUAAAAGAGUAAGGGCCUAAACAUAAAUAAAAUGGAGAGACCCAAGGGCAAAAAUUCUUCAAUAUCUAUCAAAGCUAAAGCUGGAAACAGUUUCUCAAAAAUUCCUUUGUCAUAAAUCCUUGCUAGAAUUUGUGGCAAAAUGUACAUAGAGCAAUUCCUUGUUUAAACAUGAAAGUUUGCAAAUGUUCUGUUUCCAUUUGUUAAAUAAGUUUGAGGCCAUCCAGGUAAUCAAUCAUUGUUUAAAAAGUUACACUGUGCAAAGAAUGUAUUAUUGAGAUGUAUAGUGUUUGUAAGCCUACUCUCAGAUUGAUAAAUCAUGUCUAGUGCCUGUUGGAAUACAGAGAAUGAAUUGCUUUGCUAUGACCUUGGGGUGUGAGAUUAGUCAGUUUGUCUAUUAGGCUUUUCCAGUGUUCUUCUCACUUCAUUUAUUCCUUCUGUCCUUUGGAGCCAAGAUGCAGCAGACUUGGAGCAAGUUGCCAGGGCUUGAUAUAAUCACUCAUUUUGGGAAAGCAGAAUAUCAGAAUGGCCUGAAUGAUCUUUGUGGGUUUUUAAUAUCAGAUUUAAAUAAUCUGAGUGUCAUAUUUAAUUAAUGCACUGUCUGCUUCCUAUUUAUAUUAAUUAAUGGCUGAAAGUCAACACAUCUUGAGUCAAUGAGAAAUGAAAAGACGAAGCAUAAUACUGAGGAUAUUUCCAGACUUGAGGAAGGUGAUGUCGACAUAGAUAAAUGAGAGGUGAGCAGCUUCCCAAAUGUCACAGUGCUUCCAACAUGUUGGUGAAUUCCAGCCCUUUAAAUUUUUUGGCAUGCUGCAAUCUGAUGUACUAUCAUUCUUAGUUAAAUCAAUAACUCACACGAUACUUUAAAUAUCAAGCCUGAUAGGUCUAACUUCGCUCACAUGCCCUGAGCUCUUUUGAAAGGUGGACAGUGACAGAAUGGGAACUGUUGGAUGCUCAAUGUUUUAGAAACAUCAUUUACUUUGGAGCCUAACUGGUAACAGUUCACCUUUGGAAAGUGUAUUCAUAUUUUGAGAUGUGAAGUUUUGAAGUCUUCUUUUGAAUAUAGGGCUGAUAGCAUACCCCACAAGUGUCCCAGAAAAAAAAGGGGCUGUCCCAUCCCGUUUUCUCUCACAGGAGCACAGCAGCCAUUUUGGGUGCUAUGAUCUCGCAUGAUUUCAUACUGAGAUCCCUUUGUUAUCACUUCAUUGAGUGGGGGGUAGAGCAUCACAGGAUGUUUUGACUUGCCAAAAUCUAGAGCCCUUGAAUCUACUGCACUCUGCCAUAGUGCCUAAUUUCUAGACACACAUGCACACUCGGCCAUGGGACAUUCUCAAGUACCAAGGAGUAGAAUGGGGUUGGCAGAAGACAGUAGGGUGGCCAUGCACGGUGGAGGACAGCACUCUCUAUUUUGAAGGCUGUCCAGUCCAAGUCUAGUUUAAAGAUGAAGAACCAUAACAACAGGAGCCCAGGAGGCCAUCAACAGUUAGCAGCUUGUGGCCUGCGGUCCAAGCAGGUACACAAAUCACCCAGUGUCUGCCACACUAUGGUGAGGUGUAUUGUAUUUCCCUUAAAAUUUGUGUCUAUGUUUAUAGAUGACUAUAUGGGAAAUUUGUGCAAAUUCUUAUCCUCUUUUUGGGUGAUGCAUGACUGGCUGGUCUAGAAGAGAGAAGCAAUAUGCUUUGUGCACUCCUUUAUUUAACAUAUUGCCUUUUCUCCCAUUUAAAGUACAUGGGUUCCCCCAAAUAAUCCUGGAAAUUGUGGUUUGUUAAGGGUGCAAAUUGUUACUCUGUGAGGGAGUAAACUACAUCUUGCAGAAUUCUUUGUGGGGAAGGCCAUGACUGUUAAACUGGGGUGGUAUAAACAUGCUUUAAAAGUAAUGUGGACAUGAGCUUCUUCUGCAGGUCUUCUCUUCAGUGGAUAUGACACAUCGCUAGCCCUCCUCCCGUAGGAAUGCAUAUUUGGGGGCACACUUGUAUAAAUGAUAACCUUGAAAUGCAGAAUGGAUCUUCUGGUUUGGAUCCAGCUUAGAGCUGUUUAUCUACUGUUGGUAGCUUGGGGAUAUUUAUAGAUACUGUGAACAUUAGGGAGACCAUAAUUAAUGGCAUGCAGGUCAAACUUUAAGUGAAUUUUCCUUGUCUUCAAGUUUGCACCUCUCUGCAAUUUCCUGAGACUGCUUCUGAGGAAUUUGUUAGGUAGUUUCACUACAUCUUCAGGCAUUGGUUCCUACAUGAAGGUCUGUGUGUAUCCUCACUUAGUUAUAGCUGAUGAGUCAAAGUGAGAUGGCAACUCACCUAUAGUGGGAAGUAGUGCUGGCAGCAAAACCACAUAACUUUAAAAACUAAACAUUCCCCUCGCCACAGGCAAGAUCACAGGAAAGCGCAAGAAGAAAGCAAAUGCAUUACAUACAAGUGCCUGCGGCGCAAAUCAGCCUAGAUGGCUCAAACAAGUGAUGCAAGUCACAUGCUAAAGAGUCCAGAUGAGACAAGACAAAACAAAACAUUACUUCUAGAAAGUCUCAAUCACCAACUUGAGGAAAAUUCCUUAUCUGCGUCAGAUAACGUUGAUUGCUCAGACUUUGCACAUGAGUAAAACUCAUUCAUUGAAUCUUUCAGUGAGUGCAUUUCUAUACUACCCUUUCACUUUCUUUGUUUUUCACUGAAUGCACAAACUAAGAAAUAACACAAUGAUCUAGUCUAGGAGUGUGGAAUCCCAGAUGUUGCUGGACUGCAAGUCCCGGAAUCAUUGACCUUUAGCCAUGUUGGUUGGGGCUUGUGGGCAUUGGAAGUUCAGCAGCAGCUGGAGGGCACCAGGAUCCCCCUUUCAGAUUUUCGUCAAAGUUAAGUACCUCUCUAUAGAGUCAAACUCUAUCAAAGCUCCAUUGAAUCUGAGGGUACUUAAUUCUUAGUAGACAUGUAUAGGAUUACACUAUGAGCCCUGAUUAUUUGAAUAGGGAGUUAAGCAGGUAUAGAUGAAACCAUAUAUUCAAACAUUUGGCAUAUCAUUUUUUCAAAAAGGAAAUAUUGCUCUUAUCUAUUGAGCAUAUGAAGGAAACUUUAGCUGGAUUUAACAUGAAUUAUAAGCUGUUCCUUAAUAAGCAAAAUUAUUUUUUCUUUUCAAAUCACAUAUGUAAAUGGUAGACGAAAGGAACAAGCUAUAUUUUUCUCUUAGUGUCUUUAAUGUAAGGGGCAUUUCCAUGCACAGUGUGUUAAAUAUUCAUGCUGCCCAGGAGCUAUCAUCAAAAUAUAUAUAUAUAUAUUUUAACUUCUUAUUGAGACUAAAGUGCCCUGUUUUAAGGAAUUGUUUGAGUACCCUGUGCUUAAUUUUGUGUGUGUGUGUGUGUGUGUGUGUGUUGUUCUGCUUCACAUAUUCAUAAAAAAUACAUUUGGCUCAAAGUCAAUUUGUUCAUUCCUCUAAGGCCACUAUGCCAAGUAAAUGGUGUAAAAAUGGUAGGAUUAUAUUGUAAUAUUUUAUCUUGAGGUAAUCAAAAGUGACAUACAUUAAUCCCUCAAAUGCUAUUCUAUAGCUCAUUUGCUCAUGUAAAUUUAAAAGGUGUCCAGGUACCUUAAAAUUGAAGGGCAAGGCUGACAGUAUUUCCUUUCACUUUUAUUCAAUAUGGUUUAUGGUCUAGAAAUACUUUUAGGCUUUUAUAUCCGGGUCAAUGUAACUAGCUGGGUUGUUUAUUUUAAAAGUAACUCUUUCACACAUAAAUCUUAACUAGAUGUUGACUAUUACCUGUGCAGAACACAUAGAACUAUUCCAAAUCCUUAGGUCAGACAUCUAGACUGUACAAAAAAUAGCCUGAUUCCCACUAAGCUAUGGCUUGAUUAACAAACCACAAGUUGUCCUAAUAUAUGGUUAUGUUUUCCAGCUGCUCUUGUUUUGUGCCAUUGUAAUUUGGUGAACAUAUGGGGUGGGGUUUGACUGGGUUCACAUGUUAACAACCAAGCCAAAGAUAAAAUAAAAUAAGGUUUGUAACCAAAGGUUUGUAUUCAAACAACAAACACACCAGUAUACUUGUUGCAGAGGCGGAACAUUGCUGUGCAAGGGAAACAAAAGCACCAGUGCACCAGAUUGUGCAGUGUAAGAGUAUACACAAGCACAUGGCCAAAGAUGGUGGCACAGCAGAUUUCACAAUCUGUUGUUGUAACACAAGCUUCCACUCGCACAACUGUUGCGCUGGAUUCCUUUGAUGCAUAGCUUUUAAACUGCGCCAUCUGCUAGCACAAGGUGUCUUGCACUAAUGGACAGAACAUACUGGAUACGGCUCAGUGUUUGUUGUUUGAAUACAAACCUUUGGUUACAAAUCUUAUUUUAUUUUAUCUUUGGCUUGGUUGUUAACAUGUGAACCCAGUCAAAGUUACUUUAACUUAGCACUGCACUGGAUAGAACUCCCUGGUUUCCAGAUUGUGAUUUGUUAGCAGUAAGCAUGCCCCAUAGCUAAACCUCUGGGCUGGGUUCACUCUUAAUGCCAAGCCAUGACUUAAUAAACCAUAGAUUAGUGUUAUGUGCAAACCAGACCACCCUUUCUUUUGCACUGUACUGGAAAGUGCAAUAUUGUUGUAUGUGUGUAGAUUUUAUUGCAUUUAUUUUAUAAACAUUUCUAUAGUACACUUUUGCUCCAAAAAGAGCCCCCCCCAAACAACUUAGAACAAUAAAACAUCAAAAAAAUGUUGAAGAACAUUGAAACCAAUAUAAAACAGUUAACAAGGCCAUAAAAGAGUGAUGGAACAAAUAUGUCUUAGCUAUCCAUCUAAAGGACUCUAGAAGAGCCACUUGAAUCUCUGUUUGUAGGAUGUUCCUCAGGCAAGGUGCCACCACUGAAAAUGUCCUAUCCCAUACAGAGCUGGCUAUACCACUAGGCAGAGUGAGGCAGCUGCCUCAGGUGUCAAAUUCUGGGGAGUAAUGGCAGUGAGAUGUUGAACAAGAGAGCUGUGUGUCACUUAUAGACUGCCAUGUGCCUCCAAAGCUAGACUGCUACCCUCAGGUGUAGUGGAGGGAGCUGUCCUAUAAGUAAAAUUUAAUUGCUAGAAAGUUGGGUGAAAAAUAGAUCUCUUUUAUCAUGGACCAUCCCAUAACAAAUGGAAGCUGGAAUACACACACAAACCUAGCCUGUAGUCACGUGGCAUCCUGUAGGGACAAAAUAUUCAUCCAUUGUGCCUCUGUUGCAGUCUUAGCUUUUCUUCUCCCUGUCCAUCUAUAUGGAGUGUGGGGUCCAUUGCAUUUUCAGGAUAAGCUGUGGUAGUCUUCCCAGACUGGGUUGGGAUGAGCAUUCUGUUUAAACGGAGGAUCUUACCUACAUCAGACCAAGCAUGAUGACUAAUCCAACUCUGGUAAAACGGAAUGCAUAGGACUGGAUAUGCAUAGGUUAUUAAGCUAGUAGCACUUAAUUUCCACUGAUUGAAAUUGAUGGGACUUAAGUCAGUAUAACUAAAUUUUCACAUUCAUUUUAAUGUGUCAUAAAUAUGAUUAACUUAGUCUGGAUUCAAUGCACACACACAUACGUCCUCCUGAAGCAUUAGGAAGAGGGCAAAUCAAACUUUUAAAUGCAGUGAAUAUGAGCUUUACCCCUGUCACUGUUCUCGUUGGCUUCAGUGUCUGAAAUGGGAAACCUUUUAUAUCCAUGGAGGCUCCUUGUGUAUUUUUGAACCCUGCAUAAUUGGGGCUAAUGUGCCUGCCCCUGCUGACCCUCUUCUGUGUUUAUAUUGCUUUCUUCCUAAUGCCUAAACAGGACUAUAGUUUUAAUACAGUUCUGCUUUUUAUUAGAUAUUAAUAUUCUUUAAGCCAUAAGAAAUUGAGGCUUUGACUGAAGUUUCAGAAGCAGCCAGCUCUUCAUGCACUUGUAAUAUAUUAACCCAGAAAGAGAACCUGCCCAGUAUGAUAAACAAAGCAGAUUAACUUGGCAAGUACAUUUUCUGCCUAUAUAACCUGGUCAUUAUUAAUCACAGUACAGUCAUGUAUAAUUGUGCAAAUAGAAAUUCAGCAAAUGUGUGUCUUAUAAAACUAAUUUCCUGAAAUAAAAAAAACAAUUUCUUUCCAAAAGGAGCAUAGUGAAUGCCCAGCAAAUCUGGCUGGUGGCCCACCACUAGCAAUAUUAAUGAUCUGUUUGCAUUUCCAUUACAGUCCUUUAUCUUUAGAAUUUUAUAAUUUACCAAUAAACUCUUUUUGCAAGUUGGCAUUUGAGCUUUAACUGGCCUUUGAAAAGGCCACAGGAGAUGAGAUAAUUUGUUUGAAAAGUGACUAUAGUAAUGUUAAUUUAAAAUACUUUUCAGAAUUUCACAUUCUUUAAUGCAAUUUAAUGUACACAUCUAGAGUAGACCAACUGAUCCAAAAUACAGGCAACAUUUGGACUAAACAGUCCAUAAAGAUUUUUAGAUGGUUGAAUAAAAGUGCAGUGUCUUUUAUUUUUAACCCAUUAUUUCUGCCUGCAUGAUUAUAUACCAUUCCCAUUGUCAAUACUAUACAUAGAGUCUAUACACAGAGUCUAUGCAUGUUCUCAUGCUGGCACCCACAGAACGUAUCUGAAGGAUUGUUGUUUUGGUGGGGCUGCAUGAAACAAAUAGGGACUAACAUGUGAUGGAACUGUUGAAUUGAAUUUAACUUACAAAACAGUUUGAUUUGCAGCACAAUCCUAGAUAUGUUUACUCAGAAGUAAAUUUAGUGGGGCUUACCCCUACCAGUGUAAGAUCACAGCCUUAGCACAACAUGAGCUGUGGAGGACUGGUAUAGUAUUUAAUAUUUGUGUACUUACGUUCAUUUCCAUUUACAAUAUGGAGAAACUAUGAGGAAGGUGUUUCAUUUUGCUAUGUAACCCUGUUGCUUUAACAAAAUGUACAGAAAGAAGAUCAUUGUACUAUUGAUUUUUUUAAAAUCAAGAACUUGUUUGUUUGUUUCAAUCCUUGGGUCCUACUUGGGCAACAGCAGUAGAAGGAGCCAGUGGUAGUUAAUGCUACAUAAAGCACAGAUGGAAGUGGCAACAACUUCCUGCCAAUGGCAGUAACAGUAAUUACAGCAGAUUGCGUAAACCAGAUGGGCAAGCUAGAUGGGGGCAAUUAGCCUUACAAAACAAGUAAACGGAAAAUUAAGGUGGGGUGUGUAGUAGUGUGUAUGUGUGCAUAGUGGGAGGGGGUGUCAAAUGUUUUUGCUUUGCCUGCUUGACCAGAAUGUGUAGAAUCUUUAGGGUACAUCUGUUUGGCAGUUCCAAAGAGGGAUUAGAUAUGGGUCCAAAGCACAGUUGAUCCUUGCAGUCUGCAUGAACUAGUGACCUUGUCUCCUGCUGGUUUUGCCCUGGGUCUUGGCAAUACGUUUGCGAAGGGUGCUAUAGAAAUGGCUUAUAAGAGCCCUGUACAACUUGUGCCACACUGAGUUGAGCAUGGCCCCCUCACCGUACAGGGUAGUUCAGAAAAGCUUGAGAAACCAUCAGUUGUUGCUACCUGACUGAGGCUGCAAAAGAAGGCAUUUUGUGGGCACCUGGGUGGUUGAUGCAGCAUGGGCUGGCAGGCUGUUUCAAAUUGGGUCACAAUUUGAGAAGACCUGACGUAUGCCAGUAAUUGUAGUUGGGACUACAAUAUUUGGAAUAGAGAGAGGUUUUCCCCCUCACUUUCUGUUGUUUUCCUUUUCUCUUGUCCUGAUUUCAGCUUUCCAUUUCUGGAUUUUGUUGUCUGUGAAGAGAGUCAUUUGCUGUAAUAUCAUAUCAUGGGAAAUGGAGAUUAUCUCCAGCCGCAGCUUUAAGGCUUUAGUAAUCUCAGUCACUGGAGGGUACUUUCUGAAAAACCUAUCUGAUUUUUUUUUUGAAUUGCUUUUCUGAGAAAAGAGCCCAAAGCACUUUAAGAUCAGAUGACUUUCUAACCUCCUGUUUCCAGCUUCAACGGCAAUUGUCUCUGUAUUUUAAUGCAAAAAUUACAGGUGUGCAGGUUCUCUUUAGCAGAUAGUUUGCCUUUCUACACUUUAUCUGUGACAAAGGGUGUGUUGAUAUGCCUGCCAAGGGUCCAGAUGUCACCAUGCCAAUCUUCGGUUAGUGAUUAGUGAAAAUUCUGGGCUGCAUGAAUAUUCAUUUCAGUCAAGAUCUAUUUGUUUUGGUCAUAACAAGUACCUACAAGAUUAAAAUGUUUUGGAAAAAGGCUAAUAGUAUACAGUAGGGCUGCAAGAUCAUGUUACACAAGAUCAUGUUACGCAGCAUUCAUUAAUCCAAGUAACAGUCAAACACAUGGACAUCCACAAAGUUUUACAUUGAAAAAAUGGCCCCUUUCUGGAUGGGCAACAGUGGCGGAAGAAGCUGCUCGGGUGCCUGGCUGCUCCGGAGUCUGCCUGCCUCCUCCCACUCAGCUGCCCUACAGCUGGGGAGGAGGCAGCAAGUGGACUGCUUGGGCAGCGUGGAGCCUGCGCUUGCUCAAGCCACCACGCCUCUCCCAGGAGAGACGUGAGGCUCCGCAUUUUGUCACCACCACCUCAGUGGAUACACCCGGGGUGGCCAGCGCCUACCGCACCCCCCUUCCUCUGCCCCUGAUGGGCAAGUUAUUGUUUGCAAGCAAGCACUCCUCGUCAUGCCUUUUGGUGAGUCUGACCAAUACUUGUGACUUUCAGCAAUCCAGGAAAGAAUUGUAUCCUCACAUUCAAGGCCAAUGUCAGCAGGCAACGUCAUGAGAUCCCAGAAUGCUGACAGGACCACUCACUGAAGCCAGUGGCUCUUUGUCUUCACUUAUUGGUCCAGAUUCUGAAUUCCUGUUUUGCAGCAGCGGUGGAUGUGACCUGUCCCAAUACAUACCAAUUCCUCAAGUUGUGAUUGGCUGCAUCUCCCUGGUGAUUGCAAACUUUGGAGCUAGUCUUGCUUCUGCUUAAAUGUGUGAAAUGUCUUGAAUGCUCUCCAGUUUCUUGAGCAUUUGAGUCCCCUGCAAAAGAGGUUUUCUGUAUUUCUGACUCAGCUGGGGAAUAUCAGCAGGUGUGGAGUUACUGUAUUGUUGCCCCAAGAAUUUCAGUGGGUGUGGAGUUGAUAUUGCCCUGCUGUUGUGAAAUGCCCAAGACAGCAGUGUGUGUUUUAAUUUCAUAAAAACGUUUCUCCAUUCCUCAGCAGUCACUCUGGUGGCCCAUGCUACCUGAUCUGAUAAAGACCAACGAGAAAAGUUAGCUCCCCACUUCAAGGGCUUAACUGAAGAACAGGAAACCACAGAGGCUCUCUUAUCAAGUGCCUGGGAUAUGUACACUUGCUGGUUUUCUUUCUUUGAUGCCAUUCUUUCAAAAAGCAUCAUUACUAAUUUUAAAAACUAACAAUGAAUAGCUUAUUUUCCCUUUGAUAAUCUUCAAAUUCAACAAAGGACUCCUAAAAAUAGAGCUUUGUUCAACAUUUAGCUAACAGAACUUUCUCAUAGCCAAUUUUUCUGAUUUUUCUGCAAAUCCUGUUCUGCAGUAUUGCUGCCAAGAAAUAUUGUCGAGAACUUGUUGCAAUCAAUGGAUUAACAUUGGAUAUUACCCAAGGACAGGGAUUGGUUUUACCUCCUUUCCAUUGUUAUGAGGUGGCCAGGAACCUGGGGCCAGGAACCUGUGGCUUUACAGAUGUUGCCAAACUACAGUUGCCACCAUCUUUGACUGUUGGCCAUAUUGGCUAAGGCUGCUGAAGUCCAGUAACAUCCCCUAAGCUAACUGGUUGCUUCCUUGACUCCCAGUGCAUGAUUACUGCACAAAGAACCAGUCAAAUGCACACGCUAACAGUCAAAUGCAACACAAGCUCUUGUGUUUCUUAUCCCUCAUUUUCCCUAGCAGAAAUGCCUGAUGACUUGCUGCUAUAAAUUUUGCACUGAAGGGGGGGGGGAAUAGUAUGGAUUUUUAGAAUACCCAUUUUAAAAAGGGAACUUGUUGCUUGUUGAGUUUCAUAUAGCAGCACUGAACUAUUGCAAGACAGGUGGCUUCAUAUUUUAUCUCUUGAGAGCCCAUGGCCAUGCUGAUCUCUCUCACAGAAACAGCGAAGGCUAAAUUCCUCUGUCAGCUAUACUGAGCCGAUUGCAGACAAAUUGCUCUUACCUUGGCUGUUAUGAAACUCUCCUGGAAGAUUUUUUUUUAAAAAAAAUUCCUAGUAAUUCUGAGAACUCAGCUGUGCAAUCGUUUGUGAAUCUCUAGUUGGGAAUUGAUCUAGACUUAGAACACUGAAGUUCAGAUGAAGGAAGUUCAGAAAUUCUGGAAUAAAUUGUUAAAUUGAAUUAAGAGCACCUUUAGAUGAAAGCUUAUGAUCAUGUUAGGUCUUUUGGGACAGUUAUGUUGGGAAGGAAUAUGAAUUAAGAAUUCGGGGGGGGAGGAGGAGGACUGAUCACUGAAGAAUCCUACUUUGGAAUGAAGGAGUCAUAGAUAUAAAGACUUUUCUGGGAGACUAUUAUUUAUUAUUAUGUUGCUUUCUGCAGAGAUGAUGCAUCCUUCCAGAUACAUGGAGUAAAUACUAUUGACAUUUUGUAGCCUUUAAAAAAUGCUUUUAAAUAGAAUUGAAUUCAGUGGUAAAAGUCUAUCCUUUAUAUUUUAUAAUCAUGGGCAGUGCUUUUUUCUGGGGGUACGCAGGGGUACGCAUACCCCUCAACAUUUUGUGAAUCUUUGUACUUUUGUCCAUUUACUGUAUUUAUUUUUCCCAAUUUCAACUAUGAAAUGGUGAUUUUCUUGAGUCAAAAUGAGAGUACCCCUAAACAUUUUAUUUUUUGGGGGGGAAAAAAGCACUGAUCAUGGGCAUAUUUGAUAGCUCUCAUGAAUGUGUUAAUUUAGUAGAUCUUGAAGCAGCUGUCCCAGUGUAGGCUGCUCAGGGGCAAAGGAUGACCUUCCUAUUUAUUUAAGUACUUGUGUUUUGAACUUUAAACUAUAGACGCAUAGAAAAUGAACCUUUUGGCAGAUGUAGCUUGGCACACAAGUGAGAAAGUCUGCACCUGCUGAAUCAAAUUGCCCUUUCCUAUGCACUUGUUAAAGGUAUAGGAGCCCUGUCUUCCUGUUCCCUAUAUUCAUGUUACAAAUAAAAAUUACUGUCUCCCCAUUCUCUCCAUUGUUGUCCUCCUCUUCUCAAUCCUGCUCAUCUGUAAACUCACUGUUCCAUAUCAGUUCUGCAAAGAGAAAUGCCUGAGCCCCCUAUAUUUUCAGUUCACAGACUCUGCCCCCCAUCUUCCUCUCCAUCUUGCUUCUUAAAACUCUUCCAUUGUUCUCUUCACACAGAUAAGCUAGAUCAUCUUUAGCUGCCUUUUCUUCAAAAUAAAAAGGAUUAGCUUAUGCACAGUUUUUUAAAAAACAUGCUAAAUGCAACAUGUAGUUUGGCCAUGAGCCUGAUUGGUUAAUAAUGGCAAACCUGUGUCUCUGCAGAUGCUGCUGUGCUUCAUCUCCCAUUAGCCUUGCUAGCAAGGCCAGUGAUCAGUAGUAGGAGUUGUAUUCUAGCAACAUGGGGAAGGUCACGGGUUUUGCAUCCCUGUGUUAUGUUCCAUUAAUUCUUGAAUGAUACUAUUUCAGUGCAUUCUGGACUAUUAUGCUGCAAUCCUAUGUACACUUGUCUGUGAGUUUCACUGAAAUGAAUGAGGCUUCUAAUUGAGUAGACAUGUAUAGGAUUGCAAUGCACAUGGCAAGAUACAGCAGAAAAUCACCUUGUGAUCUUUGUUGGCAGCUCUGUUAGCGAUGAUGGAGUGUAAUAUAGCAAACUGGAAAAUGGUGAUUCUAUUUUGUUUUUGCCUAUAUGAACUCAAGGAAUUGUAUUUUGGAGCCAUCAAAAUCUAUUGUUAAAACACAGGGCUGCUUUAAAGAGAGAGAGAACUGUUAGGAACAUUUUCCUCACUGUACUACAUCUGAACAAAAUGUUUUGUAUGCCCAUUACUAGUUUCAGAAGCUCCAUCAGAGUAAUUGUCAGGUUGAGCAGCCUAGCCAGCUUCUUCUAUUGCAAUGAAAAGGUUUGGGGUUUUGUCCUCUACAAACAUUUGAAGCAGAUUUUCACGAUAAACACAACCCGCAAAGCAGUCUAUGUCACAAGCUCAUCUGCAGGCAAAAGGCUGCAAUAAUUACAGUGGCAGGAAAUUGAAAUCUGACAGGCUAGUUUAUUUCUAAAUACCAUCAUCCUCCCUUUGCUAUGCUUCCCAUCCCUUUCCCCUGGCUGUGAUGUUAUUGAUAUGUGGCAUACAGUCUCUCUUGGCUCAGCUUCCCAGUGCUGUGAGACCCAAUCUGUUCUUUCCCUGGUUCAAAAUGCCCUUAUUUCUACCUCUAAGGUCCACAAGAGUGAAUGCCAGUUCAUUGCCUAGCGCUGUUCAUAUAAUGCUGCCGGUAAGUUUGAUAUUAAACUUCGGUAAGCUUCUCUUUCUCUCUCACCCCCAACACUCUCCCUACUAAAAUGAUUUUGGCUGGGGGCACUGUAAUUCUUGCUCAUAAAUCAGGUGCUCAGAGAUUUAAUCAUUCUAAAUUCACAUGAGAAUCUAGCGCAAUAAAAUAUUUCUCACUCCUUCCUUCAUCCUUUUUGUAAUUGUGCCACCAUACUUUUAUUUGUUUUUAAGACUUGGGAAAUCUGUGCUCGAAGAUGUGUCUUGGGGCUGUUCAGUGUAGAAAAGCUGGAACCACUUGAUCCUGUUUGGAUUAAUGGUCUGAAUGUUACGGAUUUCUAAUGCAUCCUUAAUAAAAUAUUUUGGAAAGUUGCCACAAUAAAUUCCCUUACUCCUUUAUAUGCAGAUUGUCCCCCUUUAUAUAUGAAUUUAUUUCAGCUUUCCAUCACAGUGCAUACCAUAAGCCACUGAAGGCAAAAUAUCACUGAGUGCACUUAAGUCUGUGCCCAUGGGGUAUGGAUAAUUUGAAAGAAAUACUUAAAUCCCUAGUCAUGGUGUUUCAAUGGGAAUGCCCUCUGGUAUGUUGAAAAGACAAAAUAUUGCAUUUCUAGUCCCAUUUCUACCUCUUAUUUUUCAAUUGCUUUGUCUUAUUUAUUUACUAAUAAUAUUUGUAUACCACUCAAUAUGCAAAAUCCCUAAGAGGGUUACAUAAAACACAAUAAGGUCAUGUUGAUGGGUUUUUUUUUUUAGAAAUCAUUUUUAUUGGUUUUACAAAUACAAAGUUGAAAAAAAAACACAAACUAGUAAAAACAUAUCUGUGUCAAGAGAUUCUCCGAAUUUCGAGACUUCCUCCCAUCCCCUUCAUGGAAUCUAAUUUUAAACAUCUACGAUGUUGGGUUUUUUUUUUUUAAAAAAAGCUGGUAUUGCGACCAAAAGUAUGAAGAAAUAGAUCAACAAAAACAGAACAUCUCUUAAUAAAACCAUCAGCAAAACAUUGAAACAAAUCAGAAUGGAGAGGAGAGAUGACCCUUAUGAGCCAGGGAAAGCUUGAACGAAGAGGCAUUUGAAACCUGAGACUGUUUAUGCCUCACAAACAGCACAUGGAAGGCAAUUCCAGAUAGUGGGUACCACUACCGGGGCCACAUUCAAGAUGCAAUAAGAAGGCAUCCUGCCAGUCUGCAAUAUGAUCAGGAAUGCCUCCUCCUCAGAUCUGACCAGGUAUAACCAUUAUUAUUAAUGGAUAAUAAGAUCUAUCUUACUAUCAAGAUGCCAAUUACUACGAUUGCUGUGAUGUACUUCUUACUCCACUGCUCCAUAGAGUAGGGUACUGGUUCCCCCAUCCCUGCCAUAGAGGUUUGGGGUCAAAGUUUUAUUUGCACUUCUUCUGUCCUAGUGUUGCCAGGGGUACCAACUUGAAUAAAAAUUUUUUUGGGGGGAGGUAAGUCCCGUCCCACAUAAUCAAUCACAUGAUGCAAUGCAUGCACACCAUUUGAAUGGCAAUGCCCAUCAACUUUGGGCCCCCCCGGCCUCCUCAAAUAUUUUAUUGGGGGGCAAGGCCCCCACAGCCCCUAGAAGUUGGCUCCUGUGAGUGUUGCUAUCUGUUCAUAUGACAUGUUCACAUUCAGUGAGCCUAUGGAAAGCAGGAUGGCAUUUUCUGCCCCUGAGCUUGACACAUUCAAAUGAACUCAUGGAAGUUGGAAGUUGGCACAGAAUCUGCAAUGCUGUUCCCUCUCCCCUGUAUUUGUUCAUGUUGGGCGAGAAGCGGCUUUUUGCACAGCCUCCUCAAUUUAGAGUGGAUGAGCUGCUGCAAGGCCAUAAACAUUCAUUGUCGUUCAAAACCCAUUGACUCUAGGAAUGAAAUGUAUUGACAGUGACUGAAGGGAAAGCAAAAUGUUUUUCUUUUCACACUUUCAUAAUAACCAACGUAACCAUCAUUUAUAGCCUAAGGCCACUGUAAUAAAAAUUACAGGAAAUACAUGCAUUAGCAUUUCAAAUAUGCAUCAAUAAGGGUCAGGAGUACUGGUAAAUACAUAUCUUUAAAAUAAAAAGCACAGUCCUUGCCUUCCUAACUAACUUGUUUGUGCAAGAUUAUUCUGGAGGGUGGCACUUGUGUCCUUUGUGAUCAUAUUCCAUUUAAUUCACUGUUGCAAAAGGUGAAGGGGAAGGACACUACUUAAGAAAAAGGGUGGGAAGCUACUGAAAUAGCUUCUUUUGUAAUAAUGCAUGCUCUGAGUUGAAGAAUGCAGGAGGAAAGAGUUUAGGUUAACAGAGAGCAAUCUCACUUUUUCUGUAAAUAAGCAGUAUAGAAUGAUGGAUUGAAAUUAUGUGUGCGGGCAGAGCAGCAGGCUUUGAAGAGAGCCAGUAUAUGCUCUGUUUUCAUCCAGAUCUCCAUACAUUCUCAAUUGGUUCUGGAAAUGCAGAUAGUGGGCACCUGCCACAUCGCAACUGGCAUGCUGUUCCCCAGAAAAGGGGCAGCUACACAGAAGGCCCUGCUCCGAGUUUAUACAUACAGGCCAUGUAUGCACCAGAUUGAGGAUGGUUUUGAGUACUACCCAGAAGUGCUCAAGAGAAUAUAAAGAAUGUGACUGACUAUCCAUAAUAAUUUAUGUCUACCCAUCAUAAUUUAUUUUUGUAUGGACACAUGACACUGGUAGGUGCCAGUGUCCUGCGUGUCGCAUAUGAAGCUUCCUGAAAUCUCUGCAAGGGAAAUUGAAAGGGGAUUAUAUUAUGCAAGGGAUUAUAUCAUACUUAUUGGCCUGGCAAAGAAGUUUUUUUUUUUUUUUGCCACCAGCUCUUCCCAAAAUUUUGGGGGGGAGGAGAAGGCUUUGUUUGCUUUUUCCAUACACAUACAUACACAGUGCAUAGGAAUGCUUGCCUCAUUCUUUAAAAUAAAGAUACUUGAGAUCCUUUAUGUAAGUUCCUGUAGGAAAAUAUUAUACAGAAACAUCUUGAAAUGCCUCUGGUGGUAAUUUUUUUUGACAUACUAAAGUUGUAAAUGGUCUGGAAGUACAGAAUAAUGGCUCUGACUUCAUUUGCUGUCAUUGUAGCUAUGUGAAAGAGCACAAGACGCUUGCUGAUUAAGGUUUACUCAGCUGUGACGUUAACUUCUGGCCAUUACUGCAAAGCUCAGUUGAUACUGUCCCAAUUUAUUUUGGAUUUCUUUUAUUUUGACAUGGUAGAUUGAUUCAGUAAUUUUUACUGGGUAAUCAUCCCAAACCUGCUUAAUUUAAAAACAGGAACUACAAUCCCAUUGCUUAAUGGCUAUGGGGCAUUGCUUUAUGUUAACAAGGAAAGGCAAGACUUUCCCUUGGGGUAUGCUAAAGCUGCCAGAAAGGUAGCAAUAGGGUGGCCACAUGUCACAGAGAGCCAGUGUGGUGUAGUGGUUAAGAGCGGUAGACUCGUAAUCUGGUGAACCGGGUUUGCGUCCCCACUCCUCCAAAUGCAGCUGCUGGGUGACCUUGGGCUAUUCACACUUCUCUGAAGUCUCUCAGCCCCACUCACCUCACAGAGUGUUUGUUGUGGGGGGAGGAAGGGAAAGGAGAAUGUUAGCUGCUUUGAGACUCCUUCGGGUAGUGAUAAAGUGGGAUAUUAAAUCCAAACUCUCUUUCUUCUUCUUCCUGCUUUGCAGCAGACAGUGUUCUGUUUGAAGGCCCAUAAGAAGCAUCAAUUGCCCGCCAGCAUUACCUAACUGUCAAACUAAGCAGACAGUCCAUACACCUGGUUGCAGUCUUCCUAAAUGAGAUCUCAGUGCAUGAGACUCUUAAAUUCAGGGUCAUGGGUUCAAGCCCCAUGUUGGGCAUUUCAGUGGGUUGGACUAGAUGAUCCUCAUUGUUCCUUCCUACUCUACAAUUCUGAUUCCCCCACUAUGGUGAGAUUGACUGAAUUCCUAUUAAUCCUAUGAUGUUUAUGUGUGUGUGUAUAUAUACCUCUCCCUCCCUCCAUCAUCAUCUACAGACAUUUUGCAUUUGUAAUUUUUCUUUUAAAUGCUUUCUAUUUCAGUGUUUCCUUUUGGGGACUUUAGUUUGUACCCCAAGAAAAUGUUCUGUUGUAUGCCCAUGUACCUGUUCAGGGUGUGUGGAAGAUAACAGACACGGCUACUUGCUUGCAAUGAAUGCUGUUGGAGACAUGGAAAGGAAUUUAACAGCAAAUAAUUAACUGAUGAAUCAGUAAUUGGUGCUGGGAAUUUUAGUUUAAAAUGACUGUGUCAUUACACAAAGCAUACCCUCGCCAAUUUUAAUACCUUGGUGAGAGAAAGGGUGUCUUUUAAAGGUGCUAGAUGGUAUUUUAGCACCAGAGCUGUGAUGUUGGCUAAUGCACUGCCCAGUGAUUGAAAGGGAAGUAUAACUUUUAAGGUGAAAAUAAAAACGUCUCAUUGCUGAAAUCAGGAAACCAGGUCUUUCAUAUUAGUAUUAGUAGUUGCUUUUUGUCAAAGUUUUUUUGUUUUUUGUUUUGCUGUACGCCACCAUCUAACAAGUAACACUGGCUGGUGUUACAUGCUAAUGGAUUGCAUCCCCUUAGGGACUUGGUCGUAUUGAGAGAGUGAAAGAAGGCAGGCGAGGUACCACUUUUACAUUAAAGCAUUCAUACCUCAGAGGUCACGAAACCUCUUAUUCUGCUCAAGGCUUCUGGGGACAUAGAGAGUCUCAGUCUUUUAGCAGAGAGUAAUGAAUGGCACUUGCUGACUCGUUAUCUUUCCACCCCACCCGUCUGUCAGCAGGGGUUAGUGCUACUCAGCAUAAUGAGCCUGGACUCUGCCUGCCAAAUACAUGCAGGUCUGAGAGUGCUUUCUCCCCAGUUGCUUUGUAAAUCCACUUUUACUCUUAGAGAAGAUGGUGUUAAGAUGUGUACUAGAGGUGUCUCGCCAAGCUUUUUCUCUAAAGGUUGAUAAGUGCUGUAAAUGUGAGCAGAGAGUCCAAGAUAUGGAGCUGAAAAGGUGGCCUGGCUGAGCUUGAGAUUGCUGACAGGGUAAUAAUGCCUACCUUAAAUAUCUUUGGGACUGGGUUAUUUGAAGGACUGCUUUGGAGGCUGCUCAAGGGCUCACCAUCUUGGAACCCAAGAUGGCAUACAUGUGGCCCUGACCAGCACUGGUAUGCGGCCUCUGGAAGGUUGACCAAAAAAUGUUUCCCAUCCCUGCUUUAAAAGCAUAGGAAGAAUUUCUAGGGUAUAAUCCAGGCAUAGGCAAACUUGGCCCUCCAGAUGUUUUGAGACUACAAUUCCCAUCAUCCCUGACCACUGGUCCUGUUAGCUAGGGAUGAUGGAAGCUGUAGUCUCAAAACAUCUGGAGGGCCGAGUUUCCCUAUGCUUGGUGUAAUCUGACAAUUCUAGUGUGUGCAGAUUGGUUUUAUCAUGGUAUAGCACAAACUGAGGGAAGAAGUGCCAUGCCAGGAGGCUGCUGUGGAUGCCAUCUUCCACUCCCACAGAAUGUCUCGGCCUCAACUCAGUUGAGGCGGGAUGCAGGGGUGAAUGAUGAGCAGAAACAGCACUCACACACCUGUGCAACUUUGUUUUAUGGGUUCGAGAGGUGAUGGGAGAAGCGCCAGUCUGGAUGGAUCAAGUAGAUUUUGCAGACGGGUUGUUGAGGGCACAGAUCAUUAGCUUUUAUUGCAUGAUUUUUGUAUUGUAAUGCCUUCCUUUUGUAUUGUAAUGCCUGUCCUCAAAAUGGCAAUGUGACUUUACAAAGCCAUUAACAUAGGGCAUUUUGAAUUCUGUCUUUUGGAGUUCUAGUGAACUGUUGUGCCUCCUCAAAAAAGAAAAGAAAAGCUUAUAUUGUGUUCAUUCAGGAUCAUCCUGCUUGUCGGGUGUGAAAUAUCAUAGCCAUCUUGUUUGUGUGUCUUUCUACUUCUGUUCAGUGCUAUCCAUGGUAUCUUAUGAGGUCCACCUGUGAGAUUGUGCUGAAUACUACAAACAAAUCUUUGAUUUCCCCCUUAUAUAGUUUAUAUUUAAUUCUGUGGUGACUGUCAAUUUUGGAAUUUCUAGAAUAUAUUGAUCUCACUUACUCACUUAUAAACACACUUCUCAUGGGCCUGAUUUUUCCAAUCAUAUCUUUUGCUGGAAAUUUACUGGAGCUGUACUUUACAUCCAACCAGUAAUAUUCACAACUGAGUUGCCGGGAGAGAGUAGUGUUAUUAAUAAUCUAUAUAAAGCACUUUAAAUGUGUCAAGUGCUUUAGAGCCAUCCUCUCAUUCAUCAUCGAGGCAACUGUUUGAGAUAAGUAUUAACAUUUUUCAGAAGGUGAACUGAAGCUGCUAAUGAUUUGCCUAAGGCAACCCAAUGGCCCAUAGCUGAGCUCGGAUAUGAUUCCUGGCUUCCCAGGUCCAGUCCCUUUGAUCUCAUAAAUAAACGUGAAGCUACAGCUUGAGGAUUAUUCUUUCGAGUGUCUGUGUCCCACUGACUCAGAAACAAAUCUUAUGCUACCUGUAGAGAAAAAGGUAUUGAGGAAAAACUUUGACUUCCGUAUCUUUGCAUAUUAACAAAAUGGCAUGGCUAAUUAGGCCAGUUAGAAUUCCUUACAGUAUGGUCUUUUCUACAGAGUAAGCAACAGCAGGCAGAUAAUAGUAUUUACGAAUAAAGCCAAGGCAGAAUUUGUGUCUUGUUUGCAAUUUAUGCAAUCCUGAUUAUUCAUAUUACGGUGUUUGAAAUAUGUUGCUUGACCUGCAGUAUUUAAUAUUUUUCCAGUAUAUAAAAGCAUCAGUCACAAUGGAAGUGCAGUGACAUACAUCAAAUAUAUUUGCCAACCAGAUUGCUUCAGUUUUGGACUGCAGAUGGAUAACAGUAAAUUUCUUUCUGUCUUUCAGAAAUGUACCGCUUGCCAUUUGCACAUCAAUGGUUAUUGUCACAGUUGGCUAUGUGUUAACCAACGUGGCCUAUUUUACAACUAUUAGUCCCGAGGAUCUGCUAGCUUCCCAAGCGGUGGCAGUGGUAAGUCAUAGUAGAAUGUAUCAUGCAAAUGAGUAAAAUUUUCAGAAUAAGUUUCUUGAUCAUGACGGAAAACAAAGUUUACUGGAUGAACUCCUUAAAGCUGAAGAAUGGGAGAAGGUAUUCAGGAAUUCUACCAAUUAAGUUGAUAUGUCUUUCCUUCUCUUUUGGCAGACUUUUGCUGAACGUUUACUGGGAAGUUUUUCCUUGGCUGUCCCAAUUUUUGUUGCACUCUCUUGCUUCGGAUCUAUGAAUGGUGGGAUCUUUGCUGUCUCCAGGUGAGUCAAAUGUGGGGUGAGGGUAAAGUCAUAAAAUUUGAAUUUAGCAUGAAAAACUGGGAAUAUUACUUCAAAGGGGGGAAAUCAACAUUAAAUAAUGGCAUUCAUUUGCAGUGAAUUUUCCUCUCCUUUACUUCAAUACCACUGAAUACAAUUCAGUGAAAUGAAUAGAGGCAGGGCAAGAAUACAGCUAUAAUCUUGCACACUUCCCAUUCAUUUCAAUGGAAUUUAAACAGCAAUUUCUGUUGGAACCCCCCCCCCCCAUUUGCUGUAAUAUUGCAGUGAUAGUGGCUUAGCUCAAAGGAGAGAAAAGAAAACUGUAGUUUUCAGUAGUCAGUAUGGUGUAGUGGUUAAGAGUGGUAGACUUGUAAUCUGGGGAACUGGGUUCGCGUCUCCGCUCCUCCACAUGCAGCUGCUGGGUGACCUUGGGCCAGUCACACUUCUCUGAAGUCUCUCAGCCCCACUCACCUCACAGAGUGUUUGUUGUGAGGGAGGAAGGGAAAGGAGAAUGUUAGCCGCUUUGAGACUCCUUCAGGUAGUGAUAAAGCGAGAUAUCAAAUCCAAACUCUUCUUCUUCUUCUUCAACAACUGAAGCAAUGCUAACUGGCCCUUGUUUUUGAAGACUGACUAAGAGUGGCUGAAGGUAGAAAUGUUCAUGCUGAUUUCCCAGGCUUCUAAAUUUCUUUUACAUCAGAACUUCUGAUGCUUGUCUUGCAUAGUAAAAAAACCCCAGCACUGCUGAGGAUAACUUUGAAUGUGUUCUACACCUCUAGUGAGUUGCUUCCAUUCAUCUUGGUAAUGAGUGUCUUUAAAAGCUGUCCAAAUUUAUUUUCCCACCAGGAUGUUCUACGUCGCAUCCCGCGAGGGUCACCUUCCUGAGAUUCUGUCCAUGAUUCAUGUUCGCAAGCACACUCCUUUACCAGCUGUCAUUGUUUUGGUAAUUCCUAUAAACAAAUGUCCCUGUACAAGGCUGCAUGGCAUGAAUUUGCACUGGAGGAUUCAAAUGCCAUUUUAAUACUUCUUGAAUCUCAGUUAUUUAUUUCUAUCUCAUACUUUAGAUGCAUGUGAGGGGUGGAAAGUAAUUGCAGAGGUGAUCUAUUCUAGAGACUCCUCCUUUUGACUCUCUGUUAGUUGCAUUUAACUCUCGCUGGCUGGUGCCUAAAUCACACCUCAUUAUGUUUUAUUUGAAAGGUUGAAAGAGAGUGAUUAGCUAAGCUCCUCUCAAUGGAAUGAAUCUUCCUAGAUAGGGAUGCAGAGUAAUAAAAUUCUACAUAAAAGCUACACACUAGUGUACUGUCUGGUAAGACCCUGAAGUCACAUUACAGGUAUCUUGCAGAGAAAAUGCAAACAACAGUAAUAGAUAGAUUGGUAUUGCCACCUGCCUUCAGGGCACUGGUUCCAGGUUAUAAAAUAAUGUUUGUUUUCUGAUUUCUAUGCUUUUUUCAUAUUUUUGUUUUGGAGAAUCCAAAGCUGUACUUCUUAGUGUGCUGGCUUGGAUACAAGUUCUUUAGAAACAAUAACACCAAUUCCCAUAUAAACAUAUUUAUCUCCUCUGGUCCUGUUGAAGUAAGAUGACAUGUGGAUUUUUACAAUGCAAUUCAUGUGCAAUUCAUAUGGUUGUGAUUCUGAAUUUUCCAUUAUCUGUGUCAUCUUUAUCACAGAAACAUCCUCACAACAGGAACAAUGGAAACAAUGCUGCUUUCUAAAUCACAUAAUUUGUAGCCUAGGAGAGGGCAUUCUCGGGGGCAGCCCCAAGGUUGUUGAAUUCCCUCUCCACAAAUCACUAUAUAGCUUUCAGCGAAUGCUAAAGGCACACUUCUUUACCUUAGCCAUUGACAUAUGAGAUAUGUUUUUUUCAGUACCCGCCCAAUUCCUGUUAAGGUAAAUUGUUUUAACUGUUUUUAAAUAUAGUGGUACCUUGGUUCUCAAAUGUAAUCCGUUCCGGAAGUCCGUUUGACUUCCAAAACAUUCAAAAAUCAAGGUGCAGCUUCCGAUUGGCACAGGCGCCCUGGAAACAAUAGCUGACAGCCACAUUGGAUGUUUGGCUUCCGAAAAACGUUCAAAAACUGGAACAUUUACUUCUGGGCUUUCAGUGUUUGGGAGCUGAAAUGUUCAAGUACCAAGGUGUUUGAGAACCAAGCUUCCACUGUACUGAAUCAAUUUUUUUGGUAACCUACCCAACACCGGAUUUAACUUUGUCCUCCCAUCCAUCAGCUGGCAUAAUGAGUUGGGUUUGCUGAUGGGCAGGUGGGCGUAAUUUUGGGGAAAAGGCUUUGUGGGUCAAAUUGGACCACUAGUAGGCCAAGAAGGGCUGGAAGUUCCCCACCCCUGAUGUAGUGUGCUAAGAGCUAUGGGGGCACCACAAAGUUAAUAUAAGGAAAUACGGCAAUAACAGUUUGGGCAAUAAAGCACACUUCUCCUUUUAAUUUAUUUUGCAGCACCCUCUGACAAUGAUCAUGCUCUUCUCCAGUGAUCUCUACAGCCUCCUGAACUUCCUCAGUUUUGCCCGGUGGCUUUUUAUAGGCUUGGCAGUCGCUGGGAUGAUUUACCUCCGAUAUAAGCGCCCUGAGAUGCCUCGUCCUUUCAAGGUAACCUCAGGAAUAUGACUGUUUUACAUAAAUGCCAUGUUUAUACCAUGUGUGCCUCCUCUUCCCCAUGGGCAUUUUAAUGGAAAUAUAUUUUGUAGUCACGCACUUACUUCUAUACAAACUUGCCCAUUCUAUGAGAUCGAUUUCUAAGGCCUUUUUCUGGGUCUUUUCAGUGGGUGGCGACUAGGAAUAAGGUCAGCUGUUGAGCAACGCCUUCACAAAAAUAUUUAUUUGGCACUAACCAGGGCGGGUGCAAGAGAUUGCAACACCUGCUGCUGCGUUCCUCACUCCCCCUCCUUUUCAUGGCAAUAGCAGCGCUGCUCCCACUCUCAUUUAUUUCCUCAGCAACGUUAAUUUCCCUGUUGCUCUAGCAGCACUGCUAGCGCUAGCGAGGCGCCCCACCUCCUCUCUCCCAGCCUUGCGCUAGGAAGGUCCAAAAGGGUGCUUCCUCAAGGUGGAGCAUUCUGGGAAGUGUGGCUGUGGGACUGGCUUUGCCACUGCCUCUCUAAUUCUAGACAUCAUUUGUCCCUGCUGCAGCAAACUGCAGGGGCAGCACUAGUAAUAUCACAGCCACCCUACCCAGAAUGCUUUGUGGAAAGAUCACCUUGGUCCUUCCUAUGAGAGUCAGAGGAGGUGGAGUCAGAGAGCCUUGCUGGGCAGUUGCUGCGUCAGCCAGGCCAGCAGAGGCAAACAACAAGCCAGUAGGAGUUGCAGUCUUCCACCCCUCCACAUCCGUUGCCUGAGGCAGUUGCCUCAGUUUGCCAAAUGGUAGCUCCUGUAGUCCAACACCAACUUAAAACUGCCUUACUGCCCUGAGCAUUUGAUGGAUGAUAGUUUUAUGUUGUUCCUCGCUGUUGCUAUCCCCCUCCGCCCCAAUUAAAUUUUGGUUUGGAUUUUUUGACAGUUUACUUGGAUUUUAUUGUUAAUUGGUUUUUGUGGUUGUGACAGACAUCGCUGUUGGAAACCGAAGCUGUUACUCAUAUUGUAGCAUUUUCUUGCUUUUAAAAUCAUCUCAGAUUAUGUUAUCAGUUGUGAUGACAGAAGCACAUAUUUUCCCAAGUUUAUGAUGGCUGCAUAAUGCUGUCAGCCAUCAAUGCCCAUGUCCAAAAUGAUAUUUAAUUUGGCAGUCUCUUGCCAGGUUAUUUAUUGUACUUGGGAAAGAAAAUCAAUAUGUACUUAAUGGUUUUAAAAGGCAGCCCGUAACCUAGGCACCUUCCUUCAUUGUAAAAUUGAUUCUAAUGAGCAAUUACAAAAGGCGCCAUCUUUGCUGCAGUUGCUCCUGCCUUCUACUCCAAUAGAAGCUUGAGAAAGGGACUCAGUACUAGAAAAUGCAUUUACAAGACUUCCAAUUUAAAGACUGUGCAUAGCAAUGUAGUGUUUGUCUGAGUGGGUAAUUAAGCAGCUGUUGGGAUGCCUAUUACAUAAAAGUGCAUUUAAUUUGCUCUCUUUAGCUACUUGUAUUUGCAGUGCCUGUCCUGAACACCUGUAUUUCUAUGAGACUUGCAGUGUGCCCCUGUGUUUUAUCCGAUUUAUAUGUCAUGGAACAUUAAAUACCAGCGUCAUUCAAUAGCCAAGGUCAGGGUAUUGCAAUAACGUCUUUUGGUGUGUGUUCCAGGUGCCGCUCUUUAUUCCUGCUCUGUUUUCUUUCACCUGCCUCUUCAUGGUUGCACUGUCACUUUAUGCUGACCCUGUCAAUACUGGCAUUGGCUUUGCAAUUACACUGACUGGCGUCCCUGCCUACUACCUCUUUAUCAUAUGGGACAAGAAGCCAACGUGGUUUAGACGGCUGUCAGGUGAGUAAACGCCAAUAGGAAAUCAUUCCCUUUGUUGUACAUUCAGCGUUAGACCAUACAGCAUCUCUGAAAACUGCAAGUUUUAAUUUUUUUUGGAGGCAUUGUAUCCACUAGUUUCAUUGCCACAGUAAGGCAUCUACCUCAUUAUUUUUAAUGUGAAUGCCAAUUUAUUAAGCAGUUAUUCUGUACCAGUAGAACUCAAUACUUGAAGUAAUACUCUUUGAACAAAAGCUGUUUCAAAUUACUGAAUCUCCCCCCAAAUUCCCCAAGUAAGGAUAUAUCUAACAAAAGCCAUGGGGCCAUGCUCUCUGGUCAAGCAGUAAAUGAUACUGAACUUUUAUUUUACCUUACUGGCACUUAUCAUGGACUAUCUCUAUCUGUCUGGAAAAUAGCCUACUGUACUUUGACCCAGUUUGUUUCUGUCAUUGUCCCAUGUAUUGACAUCUGAAUUUUGGUUGAGUUUGAUCAGUGUUAAAGAGAGCUGUUCAGCUGUAAAGCAAAUGCAAUUAAUCUCUGAUCAGUAUUGAUCAACUACUAGGAGAUGUCAACAGCAGCCAAUAUUUCCAUGAUUAGUACUAAAUACCACAAGUAAUUUGUGCAAAUUCAGGGCUGAUUUAUGACCCAAACCUAGGUGCUAAAGAUAGCACCACAAAAAAUAAGUAUUAAUUUUACUUAAGCAUAAGAAGUGCCUGCUGAAUUAGUCCAAUGGCCCAUAGUGGAGCAUCCUAUUCUCACAGUGGCCAACCUGAUGCCUAUGGGAAACCCACAAGAAAGACCUGAAGGCAGUAGCACUUUCCCUGCUUGUGAUUCCCAGCAAGGCAGAAGGCAAGUGUCAGCCACCAUUUCUCAAAGGCACUUUUCACCUGUAAAAAAUCCACACUUAGCCUGUUUUUCUUUCUCACCCAGAAUCAAAUUAGCCAUCCCUAUACUGAAAACACAAAGUUUGCUUUUGUUUUAAGUGUAUAUGCUAGUAUAACAGAGUUUCUUCUGAAGUUGGCAGCCUUCUCACGACUUGACUUGAAAAAUGAACUUUUCUACUUCUCAAUUUACUGCACUACUUCAAGGUGUACUGGAUCUUUUUCAAUUAUCUAGUUACAUAAAAGCAGAACAAGAAUGUUAUAAGAUAGAUACAGUGGUACCCCUGGUUACGUACUUAAUUCAUUCCGGAGGUCCGUUCUUAACCUGAAACUGUUCUUAACCUGAAGCACCACUUUAGCUAAUGGGGCCUCCCGCUGCUGCCGUGCCACGGCGGCGGCGGCGGCUGCGUGAUUUUUGUUCUCAUCCUGAAGCAAAGUUCUUAACCGCAGGUAAUAUUUCUGGGUUAGCGGAGUCUGUAACCUGAAGCAUAUGUAACCUGAAGCGUAUGUAACCCGAGGUACCACUGUAAUUCCACUUGUAGCUUAGCAGCAGAACACAGCAAAAUAGUUAUCAGUGAAAUAAUUUGACUCGGCAGUGCAGAUUUGAGAAUAAUGAUCUGUCUUCUUAACCAUGAUAAAAUUAGAUCACUUAAAAACAGUGCCAUGAGUAAAAGGAAUAUAAAAUUAAAAUGCACAUGACAUUCUGUAGGAAUCUUUCCUGCUAUUAAAACUGAUGUCUAUAGCAGUUUAUUUUUCUCUGCCUGAGAAUAAGGCAAUGGAAGCAAUAUCUUUCUCUCGAUAGUCAACAUUCCCAAAGCUUUUGGAUCAUGUUUUUAUGAAUCAUUGUGGCCACAGGAUGCCAGUAUUGAACCAUUUUAUGCGAGCAAAAAGAAAACAUUCCCUUCCAGGCAGUUACUGGAGAGACUUGAUUUCUGCUUGCUGUGGCAAUGCAGCUGAUUCUUUGAGCUCUUAAAAAGAAGCCUAUUGUUUUCUCUGGCACGAGAAAAUACAAAUACCUGUAAAUGAUACAGACAUGCAUUGCAAACCUGGCUAAGAUAAUAUUUACAGAUAUUAGUGUAUUUCACCGUAUAUGAUUAAUGCCUGGAGAACUGUAGUUUGUUAAACUAUGUAAUCAAUUUUAAUUGAAAUAUAAUGGUUAUUGUUUACUUAAAUAUGCAAUGCUUUGUUAAAUGUAGUUUGGUACUGGAUGAGAUUAUCAAAGGAUAUCAGGAUGGAUGCUCAGUUUGUGUCUCAGUCUAGACUUCAUGUCCUUGAGGGUCUAAGCUACUGUACAUGAAUUGUAUGCUUUUCUAUCUCAGUGACUGGAAGAUUGACUGCACUUUAACAGUGCUCUAACAAGCUAAUAUAAUGUUACAAUAUAAUGUUACACUGAGUUGCAUCCAAAGACCUGGGUGAACCUGGGUUUGGAAAACAUGUGAGCUAUAGUUUAGCUCAUAGUAGUGGUGCUGUGAGUUAAACCACUGAGCCUCUUGGGCUUGCCGAUCAGAAGGUUGGCGGUUUGAAUCCCAGCGAUGGGGUGAGCUCCCGUUGCUUGGUCCCUGCUCCUGCCAACCUAGCAGUUCAAAAGCAUGAAGUGCAAGUAGAUAAAUAGGUAGGGAGGGAAGGUAAAUGGUGGUUCCGUGUGCUGCUCUGGUUUGUCAGAAGCGGCUUAGUCAUGCUGGCCACAUGACCUGGAAGCUGUACGCCGACUCCCUUGGCCAGUAAAGCGAGAUAAGCGCCACAACCCAGAGUCAUUCACGACUGGGCCUAAUGGUCGGGGUCCCUUUACCCUUUACCUUUACUAGAGCAGCUGCGGUAGUACUGGAGGACGAAUAAAGUGGCCUAAGUCUGCUCUCCAGGAGCCUCCAAAUUUUUAUGUUCAUGCUAAACUAAGGUUUGGCUUAGCACUCUGUGAGAACUGGACUGAAGUUAGUUUACUUUAGGUCCCAUUGAAAUCAAUGGAGCAAGUUAAUCCGAAUGUGCCAUUCAAAUCAAUGGGAGCCUAAAUUCAUCUAAUUUAGGCUGCAAUCCUAACCUCAAUUUCUUUGGAAAUAAACCCUAUUGAAUUCAGUAGGAUUCAACUUCUGAGUAGACAUGGUUAAGAUUGCACUGUUAGUCCAGAGAUCCAACCCUCUGUUGCAUGCAAGAUUAAUCUUACAAAUGGCCUUUCAUAGAACCUUUCAAAAAGUCUCCUCUAUUUUUGUCCUUUAUAGACAAGACAACGUUAACAUUGCAAAUCAUCUUGGAAGUUGUUCCAUCAGAGGGGAGUGCCACAUCAUGAUCUUCUGCAGAUGAAAGUAGCAGAGAGGCCAAGCAACCAGCUUCUUCAUCAGUCAAGGAAAUGUGUGUGUGUUCACCUUCCUAGGCAACAUGGAGAAAUAAUGAACUGUGGAGGGAACUGUUUUGUAGUGUCAAUAUUUUUAUGUGUGGUUAUCUGGUACUGUGGACUCAGGCCACAUUCUUGAAAGGAGAAGCUAUGGAACCUUUGUGGAACAAAGUGCAUGCUCUCCUAUGAGAAUAGAGUCAAUGUAAUCUGAAAUUCCCUUUAUCAUACAAGGGAAGGGAUCAGUUUUUAACACUGAUGAUUUGUACUGUAGUGUAAAUGAACAUUUGUUUAAAAAUGUUCAAGACAGCUAAAAAAGAGAGAGAGAUAAUGUCUGUAUUGUGUGUAUUGGGUCUAAAAAAAGAAAGGAGUAAAAAAUGUGAGUGCAAAAUUACUCCAUCCCUUGUUAAUAUCUGUUUUUGUUUUAUUGAGAACACUACCAAGUUCAAAACUAUGUACACUCUAUUUACCUUUUUAGUUCUUGCUGAUAUGGAUGGGCUUCCUGUUCUUUUAUACCAGGGGUAGCUAAUGUGAUGCCUUCCAUAUGUUGUUGAACUACAGCUCUCAUAAUCCCUAACCAUUGACCAUGUUUCCUUUGGUGGGUGGGAUUUGGAGUUCAACCCUGUCGGAAGAGCACCACUUUCCUUACUCCUACUUUAGAUGAACCCAGCAAUGUAUUUACAGAAAAGCACUCUCUGAAUGAACGGUGCCGACACAGCCACAGCAGCAUCCUGCAUGAGGUCACUUGGGCAGGGUGCUGUAUUCUUUCUCAGCUGCAAAUCAGCACAAACACAUUAUAUUGGAUACACUGGAUUGUGCUGAUUCAGCUGAAUUAUUGGCAACACUUUAUUGAUGACUGGUAAGCCUUUAAGAAGAUGGAGCUUAUUGUCUCCAAUCCUAGCCUCAGUCCUACCAUGCCCUAUCUCAUGCCACAAGCCCAGCAGCAAAACCUGUGUUGCUUCAAUGCAGCUGUCCUUCUGCCUAAUACUUAAAAGCACAGAAGCUUAUAGGGUUGGACCAUAAGGGAGGUUAGCAUCUUCCCUGUGUUUGUGAUAAAGCAUCUUAAGAACAAAUGCUUUCAUUAGGCAUAUGGAUUAUUUCCCAGUCUUAACAGUUUCUUUUAAAAAUGACAGCUACCAAGACUUUGGUUAUUUCCAGUCUGGAAAUUUGGGAAUUAUGCCCAGAAGCUUAAGAACCAAGUAAUGAGUGGUGUAUGCCUCAGACAGCUUUGGAAUUCUGUUUGCUAUGGACAAAAGCCAAAUGGCCAACUGUUUUUGAAACUCAGCGCAGAAUUAAGGAGUAGCUGGUGACAUGUUGGAUGGUUUUACUUUUCUUUGAACAAGAAGCACACACACAAACCCACUACUCACUUUGCACACACAAGUCUUGGUGUUUUCUUGUGUAGCUUUGGUCCCACCCCAUAUCUUGUAAACUUUAGUCCCAUGUUAUCAGCUGAAAUCAAAGAAAAUUCUUCCUCCAAACUCAAACAUUUCCUAACUUCCUAUUGCAAAAGUAUUAAUAUUUAAAUAUUCAUCUUGAACAGCAUAUGUUGUUUGCCUUUGGUUUGGAGUAGAGGUUAACCUCUCACUAAAACCUCUGUUGCAAAGUAAGUUGCUAUUCUGCAUUGGUAAUCUUGCUUAUAGCCAUAGGUUUCUGGCAACAGGAGAAAGAAGGAAGUAGUUAUUCACACAGCAUAUAUGGAAUCCAAAGUUGUCGUGAUGUGAUGGUGACUGACAUGGAUGGCUUUAAAAUGGGAUUAUACAAAGUCAUGGAAUAUCAGGCUAUCAAUAACUACUAGUCAAUAUGUCUGUAUAUUACCUUCAGUAUUGGAGACAAUGUAUUUCUUAAUACCAGUUGCUGUGAAACACAAAUUGAGAGUGCUGUUGUGAUCAUGCACUGCCUGUAGGCUUCCCACUGGCAUCUGGGUAGCCACUCUGCUGAUAUUAAAAACAGUCUUGCUUUUGUUAACAUAAUUCCUAACUUGAACUAUAGUUAAAUAGUUGGCUUGUGUGUAUACUUAAAGGACACCGUUUCUCAAACUUCUGCUGCUCCUCAAGCCCCU